AAUAUACGAGAAUGAAUAUCUCGAUUUAAGGGGACACUGAAUCAUUUCUAUUCAAAGGUUUUGAUACUAACUAAUGGAUUGCUCACUUCCCGAAACUUGAAAGUUUGACAGCUUUUAACCUCAACCGUUGAACGUAGACGAUCGGCUUCCACCUACCCGAGCAGGGACGCCCCGGGGCCACUAAACAACAUCACUAUGGCGCAUUACAACAAGUCUAAGAAAGACAAUGAUCUUGCCGGAUUCGAAGAGUUGUCUUUUCAAACACAUAGCUACCGUCCAGAGUAUGCUUUGUACACGGAUACUCGAAGGUCACGGCGACCUCAGAAGUCGCCCAGAAGAAGAGUUUAUGCCAGAGAUAUUGCUGAUAUUUUACGAGAGAAAACUGCCUUUCUAUGUGGUUUGCAUGAUCGGCAAGGAAGACCUGUCAUAUCGAUUGUUGCAUCGAAGUUUGACGAACAGCGCAGUGAUACACUCAACAAAACAUUACGAUACUUGGUCCAUUUGCCAAGUGAAAGAUCUCAAGAAAAUGGUUUCACAUUUAUUAUUGAUUUACGAGGCUCGACAUGGAAGUCAGCAAAGCCCAUUGUGAAGACCUUGCACGAGACACUCGGAAGUGACAUUCAUAGCGUAAUCGUCGUAAAACCAGAUGCAUUUUGGGAACGAAGGAAAUCAGAUGCUGGAAUAAAGAAGGAAGUGUCAAGUCUAGGAUGCGAGACCACGAUAAUCUCAUCCACGGCUAAGCUCAACCAAUUUAUGGACGAAUCUCAGCUUCCUGACGAAUUAGGAGGACCUUUAACAUACGACCAUGAAGAGUGGAUACGUCGACGAAUGGAGAUUGAACGUUCUGCUGAUAGAUCACCACAGCCUGGACAGCGGAAGUCUGAUACUGCAGUUUCUAUGAGAACCGAAGAAGAUGGGAGAAGAGAUUCGGAAAAACUGAUGAGGAAAGAUGAGCAACUCCCACGAAUACCGAAGAAAAGAAGGUCGGAUGACAGGCAGUCAAGAGAUCUAAAAGAAUUCGAUAUUGGCUUUUACAAGAUAGUUGAUUGGAUUCUGGGACCAGGAGAGUCAUACCUGUCGACAUCCAGCAAAAUUGGAGAUUCCGUAAAGAGUUGCGAGUUUCAUAAACGAGCUCAUGAUGAUUUUGAGUCUACUGCACGGGGGAUUAUUUAUCAAUUUGGUGAAGUACGUGACCUAGCCAACCUAAUGCUUCGUGGAAACCAUUACGCUUCGAAGGACGUUCUGUCCAGGAAGGACUAUCUAGACAAAGUAUGUCGUAGUUUUGCAUCAAGAAUGGAACUAAGGAGGGACAUUGUGAUGCUUUCACUCAGCUUUCAUCAAAACUCAGCUGUGUUUUCAAAUCUCCUCGAAGACCUUUUGGACCUACUUUGCUCAGAUGCGAUUAUGACAGAUCGCUUGGAUGGUGCUGAAAAAAUGCUCUCUACUCUUGAGCAGAAAGUCGAAGCUGUUAAGUCAUCUUGUGAAGAAACCUUGCGUGACAGUCACGGGUUAAUGCAACUUCUGCGUCAACAUACCACAAAUGCCCAAGGAGAAUCCGACCUCCUUGACUGUGAUCAAGCUUUACAGUACAUACAGUCAACAGUUGAUGAACUGAAAGAACGAAAACAAAGAACUGAUGAACUUUGCGAUGUUCGGAGGUUAAAACUUCAACAGAUUUUGCAGCUCAGAACGUGCGAAAGGGAUGCAAACCAGGCUAUCGAGUGGUUGGAACAGCUCGCCAAUGAAGCAGUUGAUACAUCAAAAGAACUUGGACGAACCUCCGUGGAAACACAUCACCUUCAAGAAGAACACGACAAAGUUGAAGCCACUGCAAAAGGAACCUUUGAGUACGGUAAGCAGCUGUUACAAGCCUCAUUGGUGUUACGCAGAACAUGUCGCUAUGAAAUGGCUCCAAACCAAGAGAUGGAAGAUAAACUUGAGCAAGUAUGGGUGUACUUGUCAAACGCUAUGGCGGAACGUGGAGCUCGUUUAUCGGUGGCUUUGAUGUUUUAUCGAAGUGCAGAAAUGCUAAUGCAAAAAAUUCCAGAGCUAAGGGCAGACUAUGUACACGAGUAUCUCCCGAACACUUUCGCCGAAACGCCUGUAGAAGAAGUCGUUGCUGCUCAUCAGGAAACCAUGGAAACCAUCGACAAGGAAUACUCAGAGACCGUUGCCAUGGGAAAAGCACUGAUACAUAGGAUGCAAUUACCUGAUGAUGUGACCAGGAAUCCUCAUCCUCUUGAGGAGUGUCUCCAAGAAGUGGAGGAAGUGAAGGCAAUGUUUGAUGAAUUGUGGGAAAACAGGACCGAGAGGUUAAACAACUGGAAGCAUGGAGAAGAUUAUGGAGAGGACGUCAAUAAGUUCUUUAGCUGGUUGCACAAUAUAUCAAAACAAGUCAGCAGAUCCCAGUGGCUUGUCGGAGAGAACCUACAGGAGGCUCUAUCUCUCGAAGCGUCCUUUACAAAACAAGAGAGCGAAGUCAAGCGAAAACUAAGAGAAUUCCAGGAAAUUUUAUGGACUGUGAGACAGCUCCACCCAGUUGAUGAACGCAGUUCAAUGGCAGAAUCAUUGGAAGAUGCAUGGAGGGACUUGAACAUACAAUUGGAAGGACGGCGUUUGCUCCUCGAUACAUCAUUGGCUUUUCACUAUGGUGUAGAAGAGUUCACAGAAAAAUUUACUGCGGCUCAUGACGAGCUAAGUAAAGCUCUUCUCGCAGAAGAUGUAACGUCCGCUUCAUCCUUACUCAACCAAUAUCAGGACCUUCGCAAGAGUGUCAUCGAAGUCUCCAUGCAGACCCUCGCCAAAGGUCAAGCCUUACUAGAUCGGCUGCGCCAGGCAGGUAUCCAUGCUGACACCAAUAACAGACAUGCAACCAAGGCAGCGUGUUACAGCAUUGAACGAGUGCUUGAAGCUCUGCAUCUCCGUAGAAGACAACUCGACGACUUGUGGAAAGGAAGGAAGAAAAACCUUGAACAGUCUGUAAAGAAAUGUAGAAUCGAAGAGGAGGCGAAAAGGUUGAAUGCAUGGCUUCAAGAGGAAGCGGAAGAUUACCUAAACUACAAAGAUACCGGUGAUAGCGCUCCUUCUACUCAAGUGCUUCUUGAUGAACAUGGAAAGUUUGAAGCAGCGGCAAAGGAAAAAGAAGAAGGCGUGGAAAGACUGGCUAGAGAAACAGAAAAACUGGCACAUGCUGAUUUUGAAAAUGCCGAGGAUACUGUUGUAAUAAUCAACAAACUACAGGUUGACUUCCGAACCUUCUUCAGUAGACUCGAUGACAGAAAGAAAAUCCUCAUUAAAACAUAUGCAUUUUAUAAAAAUGGACAAAAGGCAAUGACAAAACUAUCCGAGAUCGAAAGUAGGCUGACAGAUGACCAAGUCUCCGCUGAGGAACAGAGGCAGAUCCUGGCAGAGAUUAGUCAAGCGUCAGCUUCCCAAAUACGAGAAGGACGUCUACUCUCUGAACGACUCGGACAGCCUAUGCAGCAGCCUGUUGUCGUAAAAAUAUACGAAGAAUUACGCGAAAGAAGUAAAGCUCUAGUAGUGAAUUUGCAAGGCGAAAAUGAACUCGACACAGAAAUCGAAGAGGUCAUCGGUUGGAUCAAAUACGCAGCAGAAAGCUUCAUGGAUUCAAAUUCGGAAAUGGGCUGCACGAUGAAGUCGUCCCAAGACUUCCUCAACCAACACCAGGACUUAGAGGCAGAAGUCCAGGAGUUGCACGAGAAAGUUCGACAGAUGACUUCACCGUCGUCCAUUCAAACAAAAUCCGAUGAAGAUCGUGUAAAAAUGCUGAAGAGUGUAUGGUCCACUAUGAACAAUCGUAUUUCCUUCAGACUUUCCUUAGGCAAACUGUACUACGACUUUCACAGACAUAGAAAAACGCUGUGGGAAACGUUGAACGACCUGGAAUCGCAGUUGACGAGUGACGAGCCAAAGGAAAACGUCGAUGCAUCAGCUUUAAUGUUUGCUCGUCAACGUCAGUCUCGAGAGGCCAUCAUUGCCGCUUCAGACAGACUUCAGAAAGAUGCGCGUACGUUAAUGGAACAGUUACAACGAGAACCUAAAGAUACGUAUUUGAACCGCGACUCUGCUGGCCGUGCCAUUCACACUAUCCUUAUCGACUUACAAGACCGACUUGGUAAUCUUGACCAACUAUGGAGACUAAGGGAUGAGCAAUUCCAGAAGCACCAACAACUUAGCACAGAAUUUCUCCAAUUUGAACGUGACACUAGACAGGUUAUAUCUUGGAUCGAGGAACAAAGUGAACAGUUUUUUCCUGUAAUGGUCGAUUACAAUUCGCUUCCUGCAGACCCUAAAGACCUCGAGGAAAAACUCAGAAAAUUUCGAGAAGCUGCACAGAGAACUGAUGAAGACGUUCAACGACAUCUUCACGCCGCUGAGAACCUAUCAGAGGAAGAUCUUAGCUACCAGGCAGCUAUUGCUCUAGUCACAGACGAGCUAAAAAUAGCUUACGAGCGCUUUAAGACAUUGAUGUCUGACUACGAAGUGCUUUUAGCCAUGUGCGCAACGUUUUUCACUAGUGUUGAUAAGUUGCUUCAAAUAACAGACAAUAUGAUGCAGAAGUUUCGCAGUAGACAGGUAGCUCCAGAUCUAAACCGAUCCCAACUCAUGUUACAAGAUCACCUGGCCAAUUACCAAACUGUGGCAGACAUUUAUAACUUUACAAUCAACACGGGUCGUGAUAUCCUGAAGAAAGUAGGAACCAGUGAAUCUAUCUCGAUAUCUAGAGAAGAAAUCAAGAGGUUUCUGGAGGAGAGUGAGACCAGGAAGGACGAGUGGGCAAGCCUUUGGGAACAUCAUAAAAUUAAACUCGAAGAAAGCGUCAAAGUGUGUAAAUUUGAGCAAUCAAUAAGUAAUGCGAAUCUGAGGAUCGAGAAACAUAAUCAAGCACUAAUCGAGUUGAAUCAAAGAUUCGGAGAAAGUUUGCUUGAUGCAGUGACACUGUUACAAGAAUCAGAUGCAUUUCUGGAUUCAGUCAAGCCAACUGAUCAAGAAGUAACACGACUAGUAAACGAGGCCGAUCGUUUGAUCAGAGAGAAACAUCAUGAUGCACCAUCCAUUCACAGUCAAACAGCGUCAAUGGAGAUUCGAUGGAAGCGAUUUUUGUCGAGAAUGGAAGAACAUCGUACUAUGCUAGAAGCUUCAAUUGAAUUCCACCAGCUUUACGAACAGGCCUUAACCUGGACAAGUGACAGUGAACACUUUCUUCAGAAUACACGAGAACAAGCGGCGCAAUGUCGCACCGAAGAAGAGGUUAUUGACUUGUUAGACUUAAUGGAAGGUUUUAUUAGACCCGGACUUAACAAACAAGAAGUACGAUUAAAGAAGAUCGGUGACUUAUCGGCCAAACUUGUCAUUGAUGCACCAAGACGUAAAGCAAAACAGUUGGUAGCCAAGCAGAAAGAAGUCGCUGUUAAGUUCGAUCUUAUGGACAACGACCUUUAUCGUCUUGCAGAGAAACUCAGGGAAAGAAAUCGCUUGGGUUUACCACCACAAACAGUCGAAAGUAUUUCUGAAAGUUUAGAUGCCUAUGAAGCUGAACUUGCAAUGCGUCCUCCAGACACCUUCGACCAAGAACAAUCUAUUCCAAUUCGCACUAACCUCACCACUUUCUUGGAUGGCGUCCUUGGACGAAAACGAAGAGGCGAUUCAUUGGAGGAAGUGGGACCAGGAAAACGUGCACAGGUCAUGGUUAGCAUCAAGUCAGAUGGGACAUUGUCAACAGAAGCAGAAGAAAAGAUCGAACCAAUCAUUAAAACAGAGAUACGUGGAUGGUUUGAGGGAGGAAAAGUCAUGAAGCCGACAGAUGCUAGAGAACAGCAGAUUAUGGUUCGUAUUGAUGCUGAUACUAAACGAGACCCGCAGUACGCUGUAACAAUGAGUCCAUCUGGCUCAGAGGUGGUAAAAAGAGACGUAACGUACACUUCAGUUGGACCAGUUGUCCAUAAAGACGUUCAGGUUGAAACAGACAUGAACGUAGUCAGUUAUCGAUCGCCAUCACCUGAGGAACCUGAAGCUUCGCAAGUUACUCGUAAACGAACGUACAAGACUACAACAAGAGAAACAACAACCAGUGUAAAACAGGAAACUCGAACAGAACUGGAAACACUUAGGUCUGACAGGCCAGAAGCUCCUCCAGGAGAUCAACUUGAAGUUCGCAUACACUCCAGAGUAGAUCUACAAGCCGCUCCUGAUGGCAAACACCCGAGGCUUGAUGACUAUGAGUCUCAAGAAGGCGAAAUGAAGGACUCCAACGAAGAGAUCUGCAGACAAAUCGAAGAUUCCUUGCAGCCUAGAGAGCGAAUGCCUCCUGGACGUGCUGAAGUUGUUGUCCCGCAGUUUGCUGGUCAAGCUCUGGUGUUCACUCCACCAGAAACACCUCCUAGACGUAUAUCAAUCCCUGAAACAGUUGGCACUGAAGUGCAAGUCGUUCCUUUCAACGGGAUGGGAACUGUGGAAUUCAAGCUACAGGGCCCUUUCGGUGAUGCGAACCAAGUUGCCACAUCAAAACAAACAGCGUUGACUCGCUUGGAUGAACUGACAAGGUUACUGAUUGAAAGUGAAGAGAACUACAUCGGCGAAUUACAAUCAAUUGUUGAGGACUAUCUUUACGAAAUGGGCGGCGCACCACCACAGAUUAGAGAAAACAAAGAUGCAAUUUUCAGCAACAUCGAGGAAAUUUACUUCUUCCAUAAAGUCGUCCUUCUUCAAGAAUUCAAAAAACUGAAAUCAACUCCAACUCAAAUUGGACGUCCUUUUACUGAUAGGGAGCACAAUCUUUACAAGUACUUGGACUAUUGUGAUGCGAAAGAAGAUUCAGAUAUGAUCCUAGCCUCUACUCCCACAGAGCACUUUGAGGCUUGCAGGAAGAGACGCAACGCACGUCCUCUCAGUACUCUCCUUCUGCGUCCACUCGAACGUGUAUUUGAAUAUAGAGACACAUUGACUGAGAUGCUUGAGACAGCAGAAGAUGCUGGCGAAGAAACACGUCACAUCAAGGAUGCGAAGGCAAUUCUGGACCGUCUUUGCGAUGAAAUCCGACAACAAACGGAAAUGCAGAUAUCUGUCGGUAUGCCAGAAGGAAUUGAGAUGUUUGUUGCCAUAGAGGACUAUGAAGAUGAAGUUGGUGAUCUCAAACGAGAAGAGAGUGUGCUGGUUCUUGACAAGGUUUCGCGAUCUGGCAUGUACAAAGUGGUAAAAAUACAACCAGAUGGAUCUCAUGGUAAUGAACUUUGGGUCCCUUCGAAAAUACUUCAGCGAAGAACAUCACGAAUGGAAGUCCAAAUAAAAGGGGAUUUCAAAGCAGAGUUGAUGCAAAAGCCACAGACGGAUGAUGUUAUACCGGAAACAAUCGACGACCAGGAAUCACUUCCAGAGCCACCACGUGAAGAAACGACCACAACAAUACAAAUAGGACAAGAACCCCAUCCCAUAACGUUAAACCUUGAUGGUCAAACACCUUUUGAAUUUCAACCAGUCGAACUCAAAAUCCCUAAGCCAGAAGAUGUAACGGAGGAGGAAGUUACAGCUACAAAAGUCCAGAGAGAAUUUCAACCAGCAACGUUUACUCUCGAUGGCGCACCUUUUGAGUUCCAGCCUAUAGAACUCAAGUUACCUAAGCCUGAAGAUGCCGUUGUUGAAGAUGUUGCCUCAACCGAAAAGGAGAUCAAACCUCAACCAGUAACCAUGACCAUGAGCACACCCCAAGAAUUCCAACCUGUUGAACUAAAAAUUGAAAAGCCAGACGAUGUAAGAGAAGAAGAUAUAACACCUACACAAGUUCAGCGUGAAUUUGAGCCAAUUAUGCUAACUCUUGAUGGCCAGACAGCCCAACCAGUUGAAUUGGAGAUUGCAAAACCAAAAGCUCGACCUGAAGAAAAGCUGAAAAAAACUGAGAAGUAUGUUAAACCUGAAUCGCAACCUGUCACUUUGACUCUUGAUGGUAAAACACCAUUCGAUUUUCAACCUGUUGAACUUACUAUUCCUAAACAAGAGGAUGUUCGCUCUGAACCAAAGUUCGUCGAACCAUUAUCUGACGUAGUUAUCUCUCAAGGGAAUACCGUUAUGCUGGAAUGCCGUACUAUCGGAAAGCCAACACCAGUUGUUACAUGGUAUAAAGAUGGCAAAGUAAUAUUUGAAGAUGCAAAAUAUCACAUGGAAAUUCGUCCAGGCAACCUGUGUGUGUUGACUAUACGCGGUGUUGAUUAUGAAGACGAAGGAAGGUACAGAUGUACUGCAACUAAUGCAGUCGGUCAAGAUUCUACAUCGGCAUCAUUCAAGAUUACAAUGGAAGAAUUACCACCUGAGUUCACAAAUGAACUUAAUGAUAUGAAGGUUAAGUCGGGAGACGAUAUCAUUCUCGCUGUCAGUUAUGUAGGAAAACCAGAACCAAGCGUCAGUUGGUUUGUGGACAAUGACAAAAUAACUGAGGAAGAUGGAAUAACCAUCGAAACCAAACCAGGCCAGUCUAUGUUGUUCCUUGAUGGCUUCACUAAGGCUGACUGUGGUAGUUACAAAUGUGAAAUUUCAAACAUCUUUGGUCAGGCAACCACAUCGGCACAGUUGUCUCUAAUUGAAAAGAGUGUUUCGCCCAAGGCAGUUACCGGUGAGGCUCCCAAAUUCGUAAAACGUCUAGAUAAUAUUACAGUGAUCGAAGGCGAUGCCGUUCAGCUCACAGUUAUCGUUGCUGGCACUCCAGAACCUAAUGUCAAAUGGCUUUUUGACAACCAUCCUGUAGAAGAGAGCAGUCGGAUCUAUGAAGUGUUACAAGGGGAUAAGCACAUAUUAAAUAUUGAGAAAGCUCAGCUCAGCGACGAAGCAGAAUACAAGUGUGUUGCUAUUAAUGAGCACGGCACGACUGAAUGUAUAUGUGAGCUUCUUGUUGAUGAAAAACCAAUCAAACCUGAAUUUGUUAAGGAGCUAAAAGAUGUGAAAAUAAUUGAGGGAGAAGACGUCAGGUUUACCGUGGAAGUUGGUGGAUCUCCAGAACCGGAUAUUUCUUGGUUUAAGAAUAAUGUUCUUAUUGAACCAGACAUUAAACAUGAAGUCGGACGUGAAAAAGAUUCCUUCUACUUAAAAAUUGAUAAAUGCAAUCUAAGGGACUCCUCCGAAGUAAGAUGCACGGCUAGAAAUCCUGCCGGUGAAGUAUCGUCAAUUGCAAAUUUGGUUGUUGAUAUCAAACCAAAGCCUGUUACGGAGGAGGUUACGUUUACUGUUGCGCCAAAGGAUGAACAACCGGUCGAAAUGACGUUCAGUCUACCAAGCGAAGAAAAGAAAUCUCCAACGUUUAUCCAAAAGCUAGAAGACAAGGAAGUUAUGGAGGGAACGCGUGUUGAUCUAGAGGUUGAGGUAACGGGUAAACCAAAACCUUCUGUCAAUUGGCUGAAAGAUGGAGAAACGAUUAAGUCAAACAACAAUAUACGAAUAGACUCAAAUAACCAAAUACACACUCUAACCAUCGUUAAAGCUACCACUGACGAUGAAGCCGAAUAUACGUGCACCGCAAAAAACUCCGUAGGAGAAAUUUCCUGCACUUCGGAGGUCUUGGUGGAAGAAGAAAUGAGAGCCCCAACAUUUGUGACUCGACCAAGAAAUAUCCGGGUUACUGAAGGAGAUACUGCUCAGCUUGAAGCGGUUGUGUCAGGUUUGCCCUUGCCGGAUAUUGAAUGGUUGAAAGAUGGAAAAACAAUUCAGCCAAGCCAUCGCUCUAAGUUAGAUUUCGGAGAAAAUCGGUCGAUGUUGACUAUUAUGGAUGCGAAGUUAACUGACGAAGGUAAUUAUACCUGCAUGUUGUCAAAUAAGGCUGGAAAAGACUCUUGCCAGGUGGAACUGCUUGUAGAGGAAUCAGUUAUACCUCCAGAAUUCAUAAGAAAGAUGAGUACCAUUGAACUGUCAGAAGGAGAUCUUGCACAGUUUGAUGUAAGAGUUUCUGGAACACCUGUUCCGGACGUACAGUGGUUCAAGGACGAUGUGCCGAUUCACGACAACGAGAGAACUGAGAUUAGAUCAGAUGAUGAUCAUCGAUCUCUUGUAAUCAAAGACUGCGUCCCAGUGGAUGCUGGGCGUUACCGCUGCAUUGCAGUUAACGAGGCAGGACAAACGUCUUGCUUCGGAGAACUUGUUGUCGCACAAACGUUUGUUCAGCCUUACUUUGUUGAUGAACGGCCACUUGUUCCACCAGAGGUCGAAAUUGGCGGAGAUAUUACCUUGGAGGCACGUGUGGCUGGACAUCCAACACCUAACGUUCAUUGGGAAAAAGAUAAUAUCCCAAUCAAAGAAAGCGAACAUUUCCAGCCAGUUGGUAUAGGUGAAAGGUACACUUUGACUAUCAGAGGAGCAAAUCCAGCAGAUUCAGGGAUCUACACGUGUAUUGCUGAAAACGAUGCUGGUAUUGCGAAGAGGACGUACACCAUUGAUAUCGAAGCACAUCCCGCCGAAAGUGGACUUCCGCCACAGUUCAUAGAUCUGGUACAACCAGUGGAGGUGACGGAGGGUGAAAUGAUUAAACUAAUCUGUACUGUAUUCCGAGACCCUGAGAUUAAAAUUGAAUGGUUUAAAGACGGUCUCCCUCUAAGUGACAGUGAACGCAUUCAAUGUUCUUUUGAUGGAAAAGUUUGUACUUUGACAAUUCAGAAUUCAACCUUAGACGACGAAGCCGUUUAUAAAUGCGUUGCAAGCAAUGAUUUCGGUACUGCAUCGUGUGCAACUGAGGCCUUGGUCGAAGAGUCGCCUUUUGUCAUUGAAAAACGUCCAGAACCUGUGGUCGAAUUUUCGGGCAAUACAGCUACCUUURAAGUAGAAGUUUCUGGAGAACCUUCAACUAAUGUAGAUUGGUACCUGAAUGAUAAACUACUUAAAGAAGAUGGAAGGGUACGACUGCUCGAAGAAAGAAAUAAAGGACGAUUUCAGCUUAUUUUAGAUGAAGCAACACCAAAAGACAGUGGGAAGGUGCUGUGCGUAGUUCGAAGUGGAACUGUGGAACAGACUUGUGAAACUCACCUUCAAGUGAAAAGCAAACCCAAAACGCAAAAAGAAAUACAGAAGGAAAAAAUGGAGAAAGUCAUUGAAUUAAACAAAGAAAUGUCCUUAAAAUUCGGAAUUAAUAAAUCACCACCUGAUCAGAAUGAAGUAAUCGAUGAUGCCAAAGUUACUGAGGAAGAACCGGAACCGGAACCUGUUCCCGUACGAACGGAAAAAAUGAUAGAUCUCAAUAAAGAACUGACCUUGAAGCUGAGUGAAAUCCCAAAGCCUGAUGAACGGACUGAAAUAAAGAUUGAUUUAGGAGGUGGUGUACCUAAUCCAGUGAUUGAGCUUGAUGUAAAACCCAUAUCUGGCAAUCCCCAUCCAAAGACGGAAUCAGAACAUAUACAACCAUCACAAGCAGACGCAAUUGAAAGUUACCCAGGCAAUCCGCAUAAUCCACGUCACAACCCACAUCCUACUGCUUCAACUAAAGGAAAUCCAAAGCCACGUCCAAAUCCUCAUCCAGAUUAUCAAUCCAGUAAGACUAUUGAAAUGAAUCCCCGUGACGACAUUACUUUAAAUAUUGGAACAGACAAUGCUGGUGUUGAAAUAAUUGAUUCUGGGACAUUUACAUUUGGAAACUCACCAACGAGCAGCGAUGAUGAACGGCCGCGUUUUGUUGAUUCCGGAAAGGGUGUCAGUGCAGCGGAAGUUACUAAAGAUGGGGAUGUUAAGUUAGAAGUCAAGGUAGCUGGAAAUCCAAUUCCGGAUGUCAUUUGGAUGAAGGACGAUGAAACUAUUAUCAAUAGCCCUCAUUACGAUAUAAAAAGUGUUGAUGAUGUUCAUACUCUGAUUAUCAAAAAUCCUACUGCUGAUGAUAAAGGCAUGUACAAAUGCAUUGCAUCAAAUAAACGCGGGACUGCUUCAAGAACAUUUGAUAUAGGCGUUGAGGGAUCAGAUAAGAACAAAAGGCCAUCUUUCGAUGACUUAGACGGAAAGUCACCGUUGGUCAUGACAGACGAUGGUGACCUUAUACUUGAGGUUAAAGUAAAAGGAGAGCCAAUGCCAGAAGUCACGUGGUAUAGGGAUGACGUACCACUGGAUGAAAAUGACCGUAUUCUGGUAGAGUGUGAUCGAAACGUUUAUAGAGUUGUCAUCAAAAAUGCUACCGCAGAGGAUUCUGGAGUUUACAAGUGUGAAGCUAAGAACGACGCGGGAAAAGCAAUUAGGAAGUUCUCGAUAGAUGUAGAAUCCUUCACACCAAAGUUACAGGCUUUUGUUCACAAAGAUCAAGACUUCCCACAGUUUUCUGACCGAGAGGGAAUAUCGCCCUAUGAAGUUACAAUCGAUGGGGACAUCAAAUUGCAGACAAGAGUGACAGGCUAUCCAGAACCUGAUGUAGAGUGGAUGAAAGAUGGUCAACCAGUCAGAGGAAGUGAACGUACAGAAAUUCAGAUUCGAGGUGAUACUCACAUACUGAUUAUUAAAUCUCCGCUUCCUAAGGAUGCUGGUAGCUACACCUGUGUCGCAACUAACAAACGAGGAUCAAAUGUAAGAACUUUUGAUGUUACCAUUGAGACUGGGUCGUCAUUUCAAGAAAUUGUCAUUCCAGAAGAUGACGGUAAUGUGAGAGCACAGUUUAUUGAAAAAGGACCAAAAGCUCCGGUUCCUUUUCAAAUAACAGAAGAUGGAAAUGUAAAACUUCAAGUAAGAAUAUAUGGAAUUCCGACACCUUCACUGGAGUGGUCUAAAGACGGAACCCCUCUUAAACCAAACGAUCGUAUAGUGAUAAUAACUGAGGACGAUUUGCACACUUGCAUCAUUAAAGAACCCACUAUCAAUGACACUGGAAUGUAUAAAUGCGUCAUUUCAAAUGUUGCUGGCAAAGCGACAAGAACGUUCGAUGUAGAUAUUGAAGCUGUAAAGCCAAGUCAUCAAGUUAAGGGUGCUCUAAGCGAACAGCUAAUUUUACCACGUUUUAUUGAUGUCACUGAAGUAGAACCUUUAAGAGUGAAUUAUGAUGGUGAUUUUACAUUGACUGUAAAGCUUUCUGGUCCAGCAGAGGUUGAAUGGCAGAAAAAUGGAAGAACAAUCAAGGAAAGUCAUCGGUACAUCAUGCAUCAAGAAAACGAUCUGCACAUGCUUACAAUCAAGAAUGUUACAGAAAAAGACCAGGGAAUUUAUAAAUGCAUUGUAACAAAUGAAGCAGGCGUAAAUUCAAAGUCGUUUGAUGUUAGUCUUGAAAACCUGAAACCUACUGGUGCUGUUAAACGUCCAAAAGAGUACAUCGCUCCGUUUUUUAUCGAAAAAGACGUGGUGGCUUUCAAAACAACUGAUGAAGGAGAUGUUGUUUUGACUGUCAAAGUCGGAGGCCAUCCAACGCCAACUGUUACAUGGUCAGUAAAUGACAAUAAAAUAACCGAAAGCGAUAAAUUCACGUUGACCAGUGAAAAUGAUACUGCUACAUUACAAAUCAAGAGUCCAACAAAGAAGGAUACCGGCAUUUACAAAUGCACUGCAUCAAACCCAGGUGGCUCGAGUGUGAAAAGAUUCAAUGUGGAUAUAGAAUGGGACAAGCCAACAAAAGAAACACCGCUUGAGGUCAAUUUGCCAGUGUUUGUUGAACAAGGAGUAAUACCAUUUCAAGUUUUGGAUGACGGGGACGUCAAGUUGUCUGUUAGAGUAAAGGGUAAACCACGCCCAAUAGUUUCAUGGAGCAAAAACGAACACACAAUUACGCCUAGCGAUCGUUUUGUUGUUUCCUUCGAAGAUGACAUGCACUUUUUGACUAUAAAGAAACCUUCAAAAGACGACGAAGGAAUCUAUAAGUGCACAAUAAGCAACGAUGUUGGAAUCAAUACAAAAACAUUCGACGUUGAUAUUGAAUAUGAAGACCGUGAAAAAAUAUUUAUUGACAAAAAUGUGAUUCCUUUUCAAAUGACAGAUGAAGGAAAUGUAAGCUUAACCGUACGCGUUGCUGAUCAUUCUAAAACAGAUUUGACGUGGUCAAAGAAUGACGUUCCAAUUGAACCUGACAAUCAUUUUAAGUUUACUGAAAAAGAAGAUACCUUUACGCUUACUAUUGUCUCGCCUACUAGAGACGACAAAGGGACGUAUAAGUGCACGGCCAAUUCCCCGGCAGGAACCGAGUUUCGGUCUUUUGAAGUCGCCAUUGAAGGGGAGGAAGUGCAAUCGGGCCCAAAAUUAACGUCUACUGAAAUAGUAGAUACGUUUGCACCACGAUUCGAUGACGAUGAAAACGUUGUCCCUCUUCAGGUGACCCACGAAGGUGAUCUGGUGCUGACCACAAAAGUUGAAGGAAAUCCAAGGCCCACUGUUUCGUGGAAAAAGGAUGAUCAAACUCUGAAUGAAAGCGAAAGAGUAAUAGUGACAGAAAAUGAUGAUACUUUCACAUUAACUAUCAAAUCCCCUAUUCUAGAUGACAAAGGUACUUACAAAUGCACUGCUAUAAACGAAAUUGGAAAAAGUGUAAGAAGUUUCGAUGUUGAAAUAGAAAGUGAAUCUCAAGAGGUGCUACCUCAACCAUCACAGGAUAACCAGCGUCCGACGUUUAUUGAGAAAGUGGAACCGUUAGUUGUGACUGAUGAGGGAAGCAUUCGAAUCACCGCCCUUGUUAAGGGAAAGCCACAACCAGAAGUAACUUGGACAAAAGAUGAUCAACCUAUUAAACCAGAUGAUCACAUCAUCUUUACGAUAGAAGACGACACUUAUACAUUGCUCAUCAAUUCACCAACAACUGAUGAUAAGGGGAAUUAUAAAUGCACCGCCACCAAUGCUCUUGGGACAAGUGUAAGAAUUUUCGAAGUGGACAUUGAAAGUGACGAAGAGGAGACAGUAAGGAAGAAACAUAAUAGCGAAGAUAGACGACCGACUUUCAUGGAUGAUGAGAAUGAGCCACUUAUUAUAACUGAUGAAGGGUGUGUGCAGAUGACAGCAAUUGUUAAAGGAAAACCAACCCCAGAAGUUACUUGGACGAAAGAUGAAAAUAUAAUUACCCCAAACAACCGCAUUCUGAUGAAAGUCGAUGGUGACACCCAUAUGCUUAUUAUUAAGUCACCCUCACCUGACGACGAAGGAACGUACAAAUGCACUGCAGUCAAUGAUGUUGGAAUAUCUUCUCGGAGUUAUAAUGUAGAAAUCGAAAGUGAACCUUCAGAAAAGACUCCCUCUUUUACAAGGCAGCCUUUACAAGAUAUGCAACGUCCAUCAUUUAAGGACAGUAAAGUACUGACAGACACCGGAGAUCUAGAAAUUACUACUGUGGUAAAGGGCAAACCGAAGCCACAAAUUACCUGGACUAAAGACGAUCAACCAAUACAACCUAAGGAUGAGAUUAUUAUUUCUGAAAAAGACGACAUUUACACUUUACAUAUAACAUCGCCACAACCCAAAGACCAAGGAACAUACAAAUGUAUUGCUUAUAAUGAGCUGGGUACAAACACUAAAACGUUUGAUGUACAAAUCGAAACAGAAAGUAGCACGCUUCCUUUAAAAGACAGCCAGCGUCCUUUCUUUGUUGAAGAUACCGAAGAACCACUCAUUGUUACUGAUGAUGGUGACAUUCAGAUGCAUGUUGAAGUGAAAGGAAAGCCUGCACCUCGGGUUAUUUGGACAAAAGACGAUAAACCAGUGAAAGCUAAUGAUAGAAUUGUUAUCAGUGCAGAAGAUGAUAUGCAAACGUUGUUGAUUAAACAGCCAACGCCAGAGGAUAAGGGAACGUAUAAGUGUACUGCAAUAAAUGACGCUGGUACAUCUGUCAGAAGCUUUGAAGUUGAUAUUGAAAAAGAAGACGAACAAGCACCUACAUCCAUUGUUGGUGAACCCCUACGAAUACCAGAGGGUAACAAACCAACAACUCAAAUGACACCAAAGCACCAGAAAGAUCAACAGCGCCCGACAUUUGUCGAAGACAAAAAGGAACCACUGAUUGUUACAGAAGAAGGAGAUGUGCAAAUGCAUGCUGUGGUUAAAGGAAAACCUACUCCUGAGGUGAUUUGGACUAAAGACGAUAAACCAGUCAAACCAGAUGAUCGAACUGUGAUCGUUGUAGAGGAUGACACACAAACUCUGUUGAUUAAACAUCCAACACCCGAGGACAAGGGGACUUACAAGUGCACCGCAGUUAAUGAAGUUGGAAAGUCAGUGCGAAGUUUCGAAGUAGAUAUUGAAAAGCCAGACAAAAAAGAACCUACUAGCGAAGUUGGUCAGCCGAUAUCAUUUGUUAUUCCUGAAAAGAUUAAACCAGUGGAAAUCUCAGAAACGAAAGCAGUACCGAAAGAUGAGACUCCGGUAGUCCGAGUUGGCGAACCAGUGUCGUUUGCUCUUCCAAAGGGAUAAACCAGUCAAACCAGAUGAUCGAACUGUGAUCGUUGUAGAGGAUGACACACAAACUCUGUUGAUUAAACAUCCAACACCCGAGGACAAGGGGACUUACAAGUGCACCGCAGUUAAUGAAGUUGGAAAGUCAGUGCGAAGUUUCGAAGUAGAUAUUGAAAAGCCAGACAAAAAAGAACCUACUAGCGAAGUUGGUCAGCCGAUAUCAUUUGUUAUUCCUGAAAAGAUUAAACCAGUGGAAAUCUCAGAAACGAAAGCAGUACCGAAAGAUGAGACUCCCGUAGUCCGUGUUGGCGAACCAGUGUCGUUUGCUCUUCCAAAGGAUGAAAAGCCAACUCAAGUUUCCCAAAAGCUCAAAAAAGAUCAAAAGCGUCCGACGCCAGUGGAAAUCUCCGAAAAGAAAGCARUACCAAAAGAUGAAACUGCUGUUCCUAUAAAACCACUGGAAGGUGGUCAAUCCGCUCCAAAAAUAACAGAAUCCUUAAAAGAAUUAGAGGUAGUUGAAGGCUCCUCGAUCACUAUAGAAUGUACGUCAGUCGGGUCUGAAAAUGCUUCAGUCAUUUGGUUCAAGGAUGAUGAGCCUGUUGAAGAUGGCCCGCGAAUAGUAACCGCUUUCGAUGAUGGCAUAUGCUCUUUGAGAAUUACUAAAGUUACCUUGGAUGAUGAAGCUGAUUAUAGAUGCGAAAUAACUAAUGACCAGGGUACAGCAACAAUGACAACUGAACUUAUUGUGGAAGAGUGCGUUUCGAUGCCAAUUUUCUCAGAGCCAUUGAAAUCGCAAGAAAUCGUUGAGCAAUCUAUUAUUCGUUUUGAUGUUCGUGUGACUGGUUAUCCACAACCAGUAGUCGAAUGGUUUAAGGAUGGCAAACAACUGGAGGACAAGGGCCGAACUAUUAUCAUCGAUGAUGUUGAUGACAAAGAACCUGAGUUGUUCUCUCUGGUAGUCGAGGAUUGCAAGCCUAGCGACUCUGGCGAAUAUAAAUGCGUUGCUAUGAACGAGGCCGGUAAAUCUGCUUGUACAUGUGUGUUAUCGGUUUUGCCUUUAGAGGAACGCCAAGCAGAGCCGGAUGAGACUCCAGUUGAAAUCACAGAGGGCCAAGACCUGACUUUGAAGGUAGAGAUAAGUGGUGUAUCAAAACCUGACGUAGAAUGGUAUAAAGACGAUAAACGAAUUACCAAGAAAGAUACAUAUAAGAUCGAUGAUAAUGGUAGUGAGCAUUUAUUGACAAUCAAGGACGCUACACUUGAUGAUGAAGGUGUGUACAAAUGCCUAUCAAAAACCAAAGACGAAACUCUAACACGAAGUUUUAGAGUCACUGUAGAAGAAAAACCCGAAGGUUCUGCGCCUGAAUUUGUCCAACCACUAAAGGUUUUGGAAUUGAUCGAAGGAGAGUCUGCUCGUUUAGAGUGUCGCGUGACAGGAAUGCCUCUACCUAACAUUACGUGGCUCAAAGAUGACAAAGUACUGGUUGACAGUAAAAAAGUGAAGACUGGUGUUGAAGGAGAACUAUGCUUCUUGGAGAUUCCUGAAACAGUUCUGGACGAUGAAGGAGAGUACAAGUGUGAAGCAAGAAAUGAUUUUGGGAAAGCUACUACUAUGUCUGAGUUAUUGGUUAAUGAAAUUCCUGAAGAGCAAAUACCUCCAACAUUUAACCCACAUGUUGGGCAAGGUCCUCUGGAGCUUACAGAAACCGGUGACUUGACGCUUGAGGUGGAAGUGGCUGGGAAACCAGAACCAACUGUGCAAUGGUAUAAAGACAAUAAACCAGUUCAAAAAUCUGAGAAGUACGUCGUAGAUGUGAAAGAAGACACUCACAGGCUAACGAUAAAAGAUGUAGGUCCUGAUGAUACCGGCGCAUAUGUAGUAAAGGCCACUAAUCCCGCUGGAACAAACACUAGAACUUUCAAUGUCGACGUUUCAGGUUUGCAGCCCGAAGGUAAAGCGCCAGAAUUCACUGAAACAUUGAAGGCUCUUGAUCUAAUUGAGGGGACCAAAUUUGAGCAAAAAGUACAAUACAGUGGCCAACCUAAACCGACAGUAGAAUGGUUUAAAAACGAUAAAACUGUCAACGAGGAUAGUCGUGUACAGAUACUCAACAAAAGCGAUGAUACCAGUACUUUGGUCAUCAACAGUGUUGUUCUUGAUGAUGAAGCUUCUUACAAGUGUGUUCUUACAAAUACCUUUGGAAAAACUGUAUCUGAAGCUGAAAUUGUUGUCUUGACAGUGUCUGAGGCAGAAGAAGAAGGUCUAACAGUGAGCGCUCCAGGAAAGCCUGAAACGACAGACGUUGUGAUUUCAAAGGAAAAAGGUCAACACGCCCCUGUUCAGCUAUCCAUAGAUCUCGACAAGGAUGCUCCUAUCAAGGUCCAGAUGGAUGUUCCUGUAGAAAAACAACCUGAGAUUUCAGAAUUUGUCCUGUCAAAACCGAAAGAAGAAUAUUCUCCCGUUCAAUUUUCCAUUGAUGUCGACAAAGACAAGCCGAAGGAGAGGCCAAUCGAACAUGAGAUUUAUACUCCAGUGGAAAAAGAGACAGAAAGUACAUCUGUUGUACUUCCGAUGGGAAAAGAAAAAUUUGCACCGAUCGAGAUUGCAUUAGAUGUCGAUGAAAUAAAACCAAGGGAAGAAGAAAGAAUUGAAUUUCAAGUAGAUGUUCCUGUCGAAAAGCAACCUUCGAUUUCUAAAGUCGAACUUCCGAAGGAUGAGAAUAAAUUUGCUCCCAUUGAACUCGCUAUAGACUUAGAAAAAGACAAGCCAAGAUUGGUAUCAGAUGCAACUAUACCUGCCGGUAAAGAACCAUUUAAACCUGUUGAGCUGUCUCUUGGACUUGGACCAACCGAGAAGGAUGUUAGCAUUGCAACGAUAGAUGUUAAAGACGAGCGAAAACCUGUUGAAAUUUCUAUUGACAAACAAGGAACUCCUUCAACGAAACUGAAAUCUCCACAGAUUACACGGGAACUGGAAGAAAUUGAAGUCGAUGAAGGCAAACCAGCUGAAAUGUAUGUACAGUUUGUAAGCGAUGGCGAGACAGCGGUUAAUUGGAUGAAAGAUGGACAUCCAAUAACGCAAGACAAACGAAUAACAAUAGAUACAGACAAAACGAGUAGCAAACUGAGAAUAGCAGAAACAGAUGUCGACGAAGAUGAAGGGCUUUACAUUUGUUACAUUACCAAUGAAGCUGGUGAAGUCAAUACCUCGGCGGAGUUGCUUGUGGAAGAAGCUGGUGUCGAGGACGUGCCGAAAGAAGGUGAAGCUCCAAAGUUUGUCGAGCCCUUAAAAGAUGCAGAGCUUAUUGAAGGAACUACCGCUGAAUUAACCGUCACUGUAACUGGUACACGACAUAUCCAUGUUACCUGGUACCGUGAAAAUGUGCAAAUUGUUUCAGACAAACGACACACAUUCGCGAUGGACGGGGAUACCCAUAUAAUGCGAAUUUCACCAGUGACGUUUGAAGAUGAAUCUAUGUAUUACAAAGUGGUGGCAGAAAACGCCUUUGGGGAAGAUUUUUGUGAUGCUGAAGUCAUUGUUGAAGGAAAGGAAAUAGUUAAAGAAGAGCCUGAGAAAAUACUUGAAAGUGCACCUGUAAACGCUCCUACUUUAAUCAGACCACUUCCGGAGGAAACAGAGGUCUUGGAAGGCGAUUCUGUGCGUCUCGAGUGUGAAAUCGCUGCUGGUCCAAAUCCAGACGUUUCUUGGUUUAAAGACGACGAACCGUUAACAGAAGAUGAUAAAGUUGCAUUUGAAGACGAGGGUGACGUUCAUGCGUUAGUUAUCCAGCUUGCUGAAGAAGAUGACGAGUCUGAGUACAAAUGCGUGGUGACUAAUGCCGUGGGAAGUGUUGAAACGAAGGGAGAAAUCGUGAUAGAAGAAGGGAUGGCAUUACCUGUUAUCAAGGAAGGACUAAAGAGCAUCGAAGUUCAAAAAGGUGAAAUUGUCAAGUUUGACAUUCGAGUCAUCGGAAAGCCCGAGCCAGUUGUGGAAUGGUUCAAAAACGGCAGUCAGAUACAAGAUGAAGGAAGGUACAUUAUCAUUGAUGAGGUCGACGAUCAAGACAAGGAACUGUUUUCAUUAGUCAUCGAAAAGUGUGAUUUGGACGACGACGCAGAGUAUAUGGCAGUUGCAAUGAAUGAAGCUGGUAAAGACUCGACUUCAUGUCAUUUGGCUGUAACACAAAAGUCAAUCACCGAGGAAAUAAAGGAAGUUGAGGAGCCGGUUCUAGAGAGGGGUACAGAUGAUACCAUGGAUGCUGCUAUUCCAGCUCCUACACUAAUCAGACCUCUUCCAGAGGAAACGGAGGUCUUGGAAGGUGAUUCUGUGCGUCUUGAGUGUGAAAUCGCUGCUGGUCCAAACCCAGAAGUCUCGUGGUUUAAAGACGACGAACCGUUAACAGAAGAUGAUAAAGUUGCUUUUGAGGACGAGGGUGACGUUCAUGCGUUAGUUAUCCAACUUGCUGAAGAAGAUGACGAGUCUGAGUACAAAUGCGUGGUGACCAAUGCCGUGGGAAGUGUCGAAACGAAAGGAGAAAUCGUGAUAGAAGAAGGGAUGGCAUUACCUGUUAUCAAGGAAGGACUAAAGAACAUCGAAGUUGAAAAAGGUGAGAUCGUCAAGUUUGACAUUCGAGUCAUCGGGAAGCCCGAGCCAGUUGUGGAAUGGUUCAAAAACGGCAGUCAAAUACAAGAUGAAGGAAGGUACAUUAUCAUUGAUGAGGUCGACGAUCAAGACAAGGAACUGUUUUCAUUAGUCAUCGAAAAGUGCGAUUUGGACGACGACGCAGAGUAUAUGGCAGUUGCAAUGAAUGAAGCUGGUAAAGACUCGACUUCAUGUCAUUUGGCUGUAACACAAAAGUCAAUCACCGAGGAAAUAAAGGAAGUGGAGGAGCCGGUUCUAGAGAGGGGUACAGAUGAUACCAUGGAUGCUGCUAUUCCAGCUCCUUCACUAAUCAGGCCACUUCCGGAGGAAACAGAGGUCUUGGAGGGCGAUUCUGCACGUAUCGAGUGUGAGAUCGCUGCUGGUCCAAAUCCAGACGUUUCUUGGUUUAAAGACGACGAACCGUUACAAGAAGAUGAUAAAGUUGUUUUUGAAGACGAGGGUGACGUUCAUGCGUUAGUUAUCCAGCUUGCUGAAGAAGAUGACGAGUCUGAGUAUAAAUGCGUGGUGACCAAUGCCCUGGGAAGUGUUGAAACGAAGGGAGAAAUCGUGAUAGAAGAAGGGAUGGCAUUACCUGUUAUCAAGGAAGGACUAAAGAGCAUGGAAGCCGAUGAAGGUGACAUCGUUAAGUUUGAUAUACGUGUUAUCGGAAAACCUGAGCCUAUGGUCGAAUGGUUUAAAGACGGCAAGCAAAUAGAAGACGAAGGAAGAUUCGUUGUCAUUGAUGAGGUAGACGAACAGGACAAGGAGCUGUUUUCGUUGUUAAUCGAGAGAUGCAAGCUGGAGGACGAUGCUGAGUACAUGGUGGUUGCAAUGAACGAGGCUGGUAAAGAUACAAGCACCUGUCAUCUUUGUGUUACACGAAGAACUGUUCCUGAAGAAUUCAAGGAUGAAUUGGAGGAGAUUCCUCUCGAAGCUUCUCAAGGUGACGAAGUUGUGAUGACUGUGCCCCUACAUGGCCAUCCAACCCCAGCUGUAGAAUGGUUCUAUGACGAAAAGCCAGUCGAACCUGAUGAUAGGAUGGACAUAUCUCAAGACGGUGAGUUUGCCAAAGGAAUCAUUCCUAAAGUCGUACCACAAGAUUCUGGGACUUACAAGUGCACUGUGACGAGCCUAAAGGGUACUACAACAAAGAAAUUCUUAUUGGUCGUUGAAGGUUCCCAAGCCCCAGAAAUAGUACCAGAAUCAAGUCUUGACGUCCAAGCUCAAGUCCCUGCCAUUACCGAAACGUUGGCACCCAAUCAGAAAGCUCCAGUUUUUCUUGAAAUGAUUAAACAUGUCGAAGUCUUAGAAGGAGAAGAAGCUAGGUUUGAUGCUCAUGUUGAUGCAGUUCCAGAACCAACGAUUGAUUGGUACAAAAAUGGUGUACUUAUCCCAGAUAAGGGUCGAUUUGUUCACAUUGAUGCUGUAAAGGAAGAGGUAUUCACACUGGUGAUCGAAAAUACCGAGCUAACGGAUGCGGGAGAAUAUACAUGUAUCGCGAUCAAUGACGUUGAUGAGGUCAGUUGUACAGCUAUGUUGACAGUCAAACCAAACGAAAUAGCUCCAGACUUCACGAAAGAACCCAAAACAUCCAAAUUUGACAUAAAUACUGGUAAAGAUGUAACUCUGGACAUUACGGUGUCUGGAAAACCUGAACCGGAAGUAGAAUGGUAUAAGGACGAUAAACCAAUCAAGAAGACCAAGCACGUAGAUAUAGUGGUGAAAGAUGACGAACACACACUGCGUAUUCGAGGUGGAAAACCAGAUGACUCUGGUGUUUACAAGUGCGUUGCGAAGAAUCCUGCAGGAACAGCAACGAGGACUUAUGAAGUUAACAUCAAAGACCAACGAGAGGCUCCAGUAUUUGUUAAGAAACUUCAACCAUCAACUGUUCGAGAAGGAGAUCGCUUAAAGUUGGAAACAAAAGUGAGCGGUAAACCUCAACCGACUGUAAAGUGGUACAAGGACGACAAAAUGGUUGUGGAGGAUAAGCGUGUUACUGUGAACACCGAUGGCGAGAACUCUACCUUAACAAUCAAACCAACAAAGGUUGAGGACAAGGGAAUAUACAAAUGUGUAGCUACAAACGACAGUGGCUCUGUUACUAUUACUGCUGACGUUUUAGUCCGUGGUGAAUUAAAGAGACCGGAGUUCAAAGAAAGAAUAAUACCACUUCUUGUCACAGAAAACGAGACAGCACGUUUAAAUGUACGUGUUCAAGGUAAUCCAAUGCCAACUGUAGAAUGGUAUAAGCACAACACAAAAAUCAAGGAUGAAGGUCGCUUUAAAUUGAUCGAUGAUGAAGAAGAAGAUUUGUUUUCACUUGUUAUCAGUGAUGCACGCAAAGAGGAUGCUGACAUGUAUAAAUGCGUCGCUGUCAACGAAGCUGGUAAAUCCACCUGCACAGCUGAACUGUCUGUGAAAGAAAUACUCUUUGCUCCUAGUUUCGUAGGCGGUACUGAUACCGUCCCUGUUAAAACUACAGAGGGCGAUGAAGUAAACCUGACCGUCGAAGUCAAAGGAAAACCAAAACCUAAAGUUGAAUGGACGAAAGAUGGAAAGCCUGUUCGAGAGAAGAAAGGAUUGGACAUCAAAACUAAAGAUAUUGAAUCGACUAUUGUUCUUAAAGCUGCCAAGCCUGAAGACAGUGGACUCUACAAAUGCACUGCUAAAAACACACAAGGAACGACGUCGCGAGAAUUCGAUGUCAUUGUCGAAAAGGCAAAACCCAAAGGUGAAGCUCCAGAGUUCAUUCAACCUUUAACGACUGUCGAGACAAUUGAAAAAGAGAAAGCGCGACUUGAAUGUAAAUUCAAAGGAAAACCAACUCCCAUAGUCGAGUGGUACAAAGAUGAUGACAAAAACAAGCUAAAACCGUCAAACAGACUAAAAAUUACAGUGGAAGAAGACACUGCAAUUUUGGAAUUCAAAGAAACAAGACUAGACGAUGAAGGCAUGUAUAAAUGUGUUGUAAAGAAUGAUUUGGGAACUUCAUCAUCGGAAGCUGAAAUUCUUGUAGAUGAAGCCGAUGAAAAACCUCGUCUUACAUCUCCACUAAAAGACUUGAUUGUCCCUGAGAACGAAGAAGCACGAUUUGAUGUUAGAGUUUCCGGAAAGCCAGUGCCCAUUGUCGAAUGGUUUAAAGACGAUGAAAAGAUUAAAGACGAAGGCCGUACGAUAAUUGUUGAUGACGAAGAAGAGGAUCUGUGUUCGUUGAUUAUUGGAGACUUAAAGCCUGAAGAUAGCGGCGUUUACAAAUGUGUCCUCCGUAACACGGUUGGUGAAAUUUCCUGUCAAGCAAAACUGCAAGUAAAAGAAAAAACGGUCGCUCUCGAGUUUGUUAGUGGAGAUGAGUCCGGCCCAAUCACAAUCGUGGAAGACGACGUCUUACAUUUGGAGGUAAAAGUAGAAGGUAAGCCUCGUCCUGAAAUAACGUGGAGUAAAGAUGGAAAACCUCUCAAAGAAAGCAAGACAGUCGCUAUUGAAGAGAAGGAUGACAUUUCCCGUAUUGACAUCAAAGUGUCGUUGGACGAUUCAGGAAAUUACAAAUGUGAAGCAAAAAGUGAUGCAGGGACCGCCAGUCGAACGUAUGAUGUAGUUGUUGAAGCUAAGAAGCCGGUGGGAGAAGCUCCGAAAAUCGUCCAAGAACUGAAAGAGAUGGAGACGAUGGAAGGAAAGCCUAUUAAACUUGUUUGCACAUUCAACGACACACCGAAUCCGACUGUGGAAUGGUUCAAAGGAAAAUUACCAGUUAAGGAGAACAGGCGUGUCAAAAUAGAGCGUGACGAAAACUCCUCAACAUUGGUUAUCAAAGAAGCUCGUUCAGACGACAUAGGCGAAUAUAAAUGUGUAGUUCGUAAUGACUUGGGUUCGGCAUCAACGUCAAGUAAACUGAAUGUGAUCAUCCCGAAAAGGCCAGACUUCAAGGUUAAGCUGCGACCGUUAGACGUUACCGAGGGCGACCAGGCUCGACUUACUGUAAAAAUUGAUGCGCUACCAAAACCAACUGUACAAUGGUACUGUGGAACAAAUAAGAUCGAGGAAGGUGGACGAUACGAGAUAAUUGAGGAGCCUGACACUGAUCUAUAUACAUUGGUUAUAAACGAUGUAACACGUGAUGAUACGGCUACUUACAAAUGUGAGGCUUCAAAUGAAGCGGGAAAAUCAACCUGUCGUGGCGAACUUACUGUCAAGGAACGUCAGUACAUGCCAGAGUUUACCAGCCCUGAAAUCGAUACACCAUUAACCAUCCAACAAGGUGAUGAACUGAAAAUCGAUAUGACCAUCAAAGCAAAUCCCAAGGCUGACGUAAAAUGGUACAAGGAUGGUAAGCCCUUAAAGAAUACAACUAAACUGGAUGUACGUUCGCGAGGUGACACGUACAGUAUCGCAAUCUACAGCACUAAACCAGAAGAUACUGGACACUACAAAUGUGAAGCGCGUAAUAAACUGGGCGUGUCAGAAAGAACAUUUGACGUUAAAGUGGAUGUGCCCAAACCAAAAGGUGAAGCUCCAACCUUACUUGCUGACCUAAAACCAAUAGAAACCACAGAGGGUGAACCAAUCAAGCUUGUCUGCAAAGUUAAAGGCAAACCAGAACCACAAGUCGAGUGGUUUAAAGAUGAUAAACCUGUUGUAGAAGACAAGCAUCUUAAAGUAGCCUAUGAUGGAGAAGUAAGCACUUUGAGCAUCAAAGACACUAUCUUAGAUGAUGAAGGCGACUACAAAUGCGUCGUCACUAAUGACCACGGAUCCGUUUCAACUAUGGCUGAAGUUUUAAUAAAUGAAAAAACAGAACCUGAAAAACCAGCAUCAAAACCCGAGGUUGUGGAAGAAAAACCGAUUAAGGAAGAAGUCAAACCUAAGGAUGUCGAGACUAAACCGACCAAAGAAGUUGCAAAAGAAGAGAAACCUACGAAACCAGUGAUAACAUCAGUGCUUAAAGAUGUAGAACCAGAGGCUGGAACUACAGCAAAAUUCACUGUUGAUGUCGAGGGAACUCCAUUGCCCGAGAUUGAUUGGUAUAAAGAUGACAAAGUUAUCGAGGACACGGGUAGAUUUAUAAUCAUAGAUGAUGAAACAGAUAAAGGAGUUUCUUCGUCACUUGUAAUUGAGAAUGUCCAGCCAGAGGAUUCUGGUGUGUAUAGUGCAGUGGCAUUCAACGAUGGAGGAGAAACAACGACCAAAGCCGACCUUAAGGUAGCGAAACAACCCGAGGUGAUAGAAGAGCCUGAAAUUGCUGCUGAAGCAGAGCAAGAGGUUGAAGCCGAGAUGCCAUUCGAGGGCGCACCUGAAAUAUUGGAGCCGUUGAAGCCAAUAGAGGCUGUCGAGGACGAGAGUGUAACGUUGGAAUGUAAGAUCAAAGAAACUCCAUCGCAAGUUGUAGAGUGGUUUAAGAAUGGCGCAAAAUUGAAAGAAAAUCGUCGAGUGAAAACCGACUUGACUAAUGGCAUCGCAAAGGUAACCAUCAAAGAUCUCCGUACCGAUGACAAGGGCGAUUAUAAGAUCGUAGUCCGAAAUGAUUCCGGUAGUUCAUCGUCUACUGCCAAUCUAGUAGUCAAGGAACUUAUAAGGCCAGAGUUCAAAGUUAAACUCAAAAAUACAGAUGCUUUUGUUGGAGACGACGUACGUUUUGAAGUUCAAGUCAAGGCUUUACCGAGACCUGUAGUCGAAUGGUACCAAGGAUCAACAAAGCUGUCGGGAGACAGGUACACAAUGACAGUAGAUGAAUCAACUAACAAAUACACUCUUGUAAUUACCGAUGCAAGGCUCGAUGAUGGUGGAUCGUACAAAUGUGUUGUCUCAAACUCAGCGGGAAAAGCUACAAAUCGAUGCGAGCUUAGUGUUAAAGAGAAACCGCUGACCCCAACAUUCGAAGGCGAUGAGCCAGGUCCAUUGCAUUUCCACCCUGGUGAUGAGGUAAACAUUAAUGUUAAAAUUAAGGCUAAUCCCAAACCAGAUGUGAAAUGGUACAAAGAUGGCAAACCCUUGAGAGACACAAGUAGAAUGGACAUCAGAUCACGUGGUGACUCCUACUACAUUGUAAUUAUGAGCGCGAAACUAGACGAUACCGGGAUAUACAAGUGCGAAGCGAGUAAUAAACUGGGCAAAGCAUCCAGAACGUUUAAUGUGACUGUACAAGCGACCAAACCUAUAGGAGAUGCACCAUCUCUAGAUGGAAAACUUACGCCAGUCUCAGUCAAUGUUGGAGAGGAUAUCAAACUUGUCUGCAAAGUGUCUGGAAAACCCGAACCAAAGAUUGAAUGGUUUAAGAACAGCAAACCUAUUCAGCCAGAUCACCGUAUAAAGACAGACUAUGACGGCAAAACCUGCACCCUGUACAUCAAAAAUGCAACUAUCGACGAUAAGGGGGAGUAUGUAUGUAUGGCUUCAAACGACUUUGGGUCUGUUGAAUCAGAUGCUGAUGUGAAUGUCAAAGAGAAGGGCGAAAAACCUACCAUUGUAGAGAAGCUGAAAGAGAUCAAAGUGGAUCUAGGAAACAAAGCAACCUUUAAGGUAGUUGCAAAAGGAAAUCCAAAACCUGAAGUUGAAUGGACGAAAGGCGAUAAGACUAUUGAAGACAAAGGUCGGUUUGUCAUUGAAGACGAUGAGGAGAAUGGUGUGUUUAAGCUGAUUAUCGAUGAUGCUCAACCAGAAGAUGCGGGCGUCUAUAACUGUGUUGUAUUCAACGAGAUCGGCGAAACAACGACGUCAGCAGAAUUGCAUGUCAUGAAAUUGGAAGUAGUGCAACAGGUUACACCAGUUGAAGAAGUUCCUACUCAAAAAGCUCCGGUAAUUGAUGAAGGUGACCAAAAACCAGUCUUCAAGCAGAAACUACAAGAUAUUGUUGCUACACCUGGUAAUGAAGCUAAAUUUGACGUUGUUGUUGAGGGUGAUGUUGAUAUCGAGUGGAUAAAAGACGAUAAAGUCAUCGAGGAUAAGGGAAGGUUUAUAUUUGUCGACGAUGAAGCUCCUAAUAUGUACUCGCUGGUAAUCGACGAAAUCCAGCCUGAAGAUGCAGGGGAAUAUGAAUGUGUUGCCAUCAAUGACUUUGGCGAAACGUCGUGCAAAGCCAAUCUAAAUUUUGAGCAAAACGGGAUAACACCUGAUCUUAUUGAAGAGAUGGAAGCAACACCUAUUGCUUUGGAGGAAGUUGAAGGCAAACCACGUGAAUUUGCACCUGAGGUGUUGGAAAAGCUUGAGUCCACUGAGGUCGCUGAGGGAGACUCUCUUUCUCUUCAAAUUAAAGUGUCUGGAAUGCCUACUCCAACCGCAGAAUGGUUCAAGGAUAAUGCUAAAGUCAAGGAGAGCCGUAAUGUUAAGAUGGAAUUCAAGGACAAUGUUGCAAAGUUGACUAUUAAGCAAACCAAGUCAAGUGACAAAGGCGAAUAUAAGUGCGUUGUAAGAAACGAACUCGGGACGUCUUCAUCUAAGGCGACGAUAACAGUUCGUGUCCCAGUUAGACCAGACUUUACUGUAAAGCUCAAACCUGUAGAUGCAGUCGAGGGUGGAGAAGCACGAUUUGAAGUCAAACUUAAAGGUGAACCACGUCCUGACGUAGAGUGGUACAAAGGAACUACAAAAAUUGUCGAUGAAGGCCGGCAUUCGUUUGAAGAAACUGACGAUGGUAAAUACACCUUGACCAUCGUUGAUUUGAAACGAGAUGAUAUAGGCGCUUACAAAUGUAUAGCCACAAACGAAGUAGGCAAAGCAACAACUCGAGCUGAUCUGAAAGUGAAAGAGCGACAAUUUGCUCCAGAAAUCAAACCAGACCAUGAUGGGCCCUUUAUUAUAGAUCAGAACGACGACAUCAAUAUUAACGUCACCGUAACGGGAAAGCCAAAACCGGAUGUAAAAUGGUACAAAGACGGCAAGCCACUUAGAGAUACAACUAGACUGGACGUUCGAUCACGUGGUGACUCAUACUACAUUGUGAUACUUAGUGCAAAACCAGAAGACCAAGGAACGUACAAAUGUGAGGCGAGCAGUAAGCUUGGUAAAGCUUCCAAGAACUUUGACGUUCAAGUGAAAGCUCCUAAGGGCAAUGCUCCUGAACUAGGUUCUAAAAUGCAAUCCGUGGAAACUGUCGAAGGAAAGGACGCCCGGCUUACUUGCAAGGUGUCUGGUAAACCCCAGCCGACAACUGAAUGGUUCAAAGAUGAUGAGAAAGUAAAACCUGACGAGCGAAUAAACGUCGAUUACGAUGGAACUGAGAGUAUACUCACCGUUAAGAAAACCGUGCUCGAUGAUGAAGGUUUAUAUAAGUGCGUCGCCACUAAUGAAUAUGGAACAACAUCUUCAAGUGCUGAAAUACUUGUUGACGAACAGACGAUCAAUGUUGCCUUUGAUGAAGAGAUGAAGGAUGUUAAGGCAGUCGUUGGAAAAGAGGCAAAGUUCGACAUUCGAGUCUCUGGUUCACCAAAGCCAGACGUAGAAUGGGUGAGAGACGGUAAAGUUAUAGAAGAUAAAGAUAGAUAUCUUCUGGUCGAUGAAGAAGAAGGCGAAGGACAUUUCUCUCUUGUCAUCGAUGAUUUAAAGCCAGAAGAUGCUGGAAUAUACAAAUGCAUUGCUAUGAAUGAAACGGGUGAAGUCGAAACAAGUGCCAAUCUUGUCGUUGAAGAUGAUUCCAUUCCUCCAGAAUUUGAUAAAGACAGAGAGAGUCCCAUCACUGUGACGGAGGGAGAACGCUUUGAAUUGAAUGCGCAGGUAUCUGGAAAACCAUUACCAGAGAUAGAAUGGUUCAAAGAUGACAAACCAAUUAAAAAGUCAAAAGAUCUAGAAAUCAAGGACGAAGGAAAUCACUUCCAACUUAUUGCUGUUAAUGUAACUCAAAACGACACUGGGAAGUAUAAAUGCGUGGCACGAAGUACAGCUGGUGUAGCAGAGAAGACUUUUGAAGUAACCGUUAAAUCUAAGAAGCCCAAAGGUUCAGCCCCCACAAUUGUUGAAGAUCUACAGCCAGUAGAAGUUUCUGAAGGAGACAAUGCAGUCCUUGAGUGUAAAGUUUCUGGCACGCCUAUACCAGUUGUCGAAUGGUAUAAAGGUACUCUUCGUGUAAAGGAGAACAGAAGAAUUAAGAGUGAACUAUCUACCGAUGUCGCACGUCUCACAGUCAAGUCAACACAAGCCAACGAUCAAGGACAGUAUAAGUGUGUUGUUCGCAAUGAUCUGGGUUCAUCAUCAACUCAAUGCAAGCUAACCGUGAAGGUACCUAUUAGACCAGACUUUACUGUAAAGCUCAAACCUGUAGAUGCAGUCGAGGGUGGAGAGGCACGAUUUGAAGUCAAACUUAAAGGUGAACCACGUCCUGACGUGGAGUGGUACAAAGGAACUACAAAAAUUGUCGAUGAAGGCCGGUAUUCGUUUGAAGAAACUGACGAUGGUAAAUACACCUUGACCAUCGUUGACUUGAACCGAGAUGAUACAGGCGCUUACAAAUGUAUAGCCACAAACGAAGUAGGCAAAGCAACAACUCGAGCUGAUCUGAGCGUAAAAGAGCGACAGUUUGCACCCAAAAUUGAAUCAGAUCUAGAAGGACCAAUUAUUGUUAACCAGGACGACGAAGUGAAUAUUAAGGUUACCGUAAAAGGAAAGCCAAAACCGGAAGUGAAAUGGUACAAAGAUAAUAAACCACUCAAAGACACUACAAAACUUGACAUCAGAUCACGUGGUGACUCGUACUAUAUUGUAAUUGUCAGUGCAAAACCAGAAGACCAAGGAACAUACAAGUGUGAAGCAACCAGCAAACUAGGAAUCGCGUCUAAAACUUUCGACGUCCAAGUAAAAGGUCCAAAAGGAGAAGCCCCAGUAAUCAAAUCGCAGUUGACGCCUAAACACGUAACAGAGGGUCAAGAGUGCAAGUUAACUUGCGAAGUAACCGGAAAACCUGAACCAGUAGUCAAAUGGAUGAAAGAUGGGAAGGAGUUACAAACAAAUCGACGUAUCAAAACAGACUUCGAUGGAAUAAUUAUCACAUUACAAUUCAAAGAAGUUUCUCUUGACGAUGAAGCGCUGUAUGAAUGUGUUGUAACUAAUGAUAUAGGGACAGCGUCUUCGAGUGCUGAAGUAUUAGUAGAAGAGAAGCGUAUUGAACCAGAGUUCACCGAUGUGCUAAGAAGGGUCGAAGUGAGUCUGGGAGACGAAGCUAAGUUCGAAGUCAAAACUCGAGGAAAUCCAAAGCCAGAGGUGGAUUGGUUCAAAGAUGGGAAACUACUAGAGGAUGGUGGUCGUUUCGAGAUCGUCGACGAGGGAGACGGGAUGCAUUCAUUGAUCAUUGGAAAAGUCGAAGCAGACGAUGCUGGAACCUACAAAUGUGUUGCAUUCAAUGAUGUAGGAGAAGUAGAAACAUCUGCACCACUUAGUAUCAAGGAAGAACUCCAAGCUCCUGAAUUUAUCGGCGAUGUAAAAAGUGUAAUCCAACUAAACGAAGGAGAAACUACCGAUAUUACCUUCCAGGUUAUAGGUAAACCAUUGCCAGACAUUGAAUGGUAUAAAGAUAACAAGCUAAUUAGAAAAACAAGAAGAAUCAACAUGAAGUCGGACGACAACAAAUUUACACUAAUAAUCAGUGAUGCAACACAAGAGGAAAGUGGCAAGUAUAAAUGUGUGGCUAAAAGCAAGGCGGGCACAGCAGAGAAAACAAUUGAAGUUGUAGUCGAAGCUAAAAAACUCAAAGGAACUCCGCCAGAGAUCAUUGAUGAAUUGCGUGCUAUUGAAGUGAAUGAAGGGGAAAAUGCUACAUUAAAGAUAACAUUGACUGGUAAACCAACUCCAGUGGUAGAAUGGAUGAAAGAUGGAUUCCGCGUAAAGGAAAGUCGAAGAAUUAAGCCAACGUUCGAGGAUGGAGUAGCUUGUUUGACCAUUAAGCAAGCACGCGACGAAGAUCGAGGAGAAUACAAGUGCAUUGUUAGGAAUGACUUUGGUAAAUCAGAAUCAACUUGUAAGUUAAAGGUUAUUGUUCCAAAGCGACCCGAGUUCAAAGUCAAAAUGAAACCAGUAUCUGGUACUGAGGGCGGUGAAGCUCGUUUUAAUGUUAAAGUUGAAGGAUUGCCUAAACCGGAAGUUGAAUGGUUCUUUGGCUCAAAAACGAUCAUCGAAGAUAGAAGGUUCCAUAUGACAGAGGAAGAAGACGAUAGCUUUUCUCUGAUCAUUAAUGACUUACAACUUGCAGAUGCUGGUUCAUAUAAAUGCGUUGCUAUCAACGACGCUGGAAAAGCAACGUCUAGAGCUGAUCUCGAUGUGCAAGAAAAGAAGUUUGCUCCAGAAAUCGACAUUCCAAUCGAGGGACCAAUUGUAGUUAAAGAAGGAGAAGAAAUCAACUUUGAGGCUAUUGUGAAAGGCAAUCCCAAACCAGAGAUAGAUUGGUUCAAAGACGAACGGAUGAUUCUGGAAACAUCAAAAAGAGACAUAAGAAAACGUGGAGACUCUCAUCAGGUUGUGAUUUUAAGCUCAACUUUGGAUGACGCUGGUACGUACAAGUGCGUUGCUGGCAACAGAAUUGGCCAGACAUCGAAGACGAUUGAUGUCCAAGUUAAACCUAAAGGACCAAAAGGGGAAGCUCCUGUUUUCACUUCCAAGUUAAGACCUGUUGAAACAACUGAGGGAGAAGAAGUUAUUUUAAUGUGCGAGUUCACCGGCAAACCCGCUCCAACAUCAAAAUGGACAAAAGACGACAUUACUGUAAAAUCAGAUGGGCGUAUUAGAAUCAAGACAACUGAUAACUCGGCAACAAUCACAAUUACGGAAACAACUCUAGAUGACGAGGGCAUAUACAAAUGUAUUAUCACAAAUGAACUAGAUUCAGCAACAACGUCAGCUGAAGUAUUGGUCAAUGAAAAAGGAGCUGGACCUCAUAUAGAGGAGAAACUGAAGGACUGUUUUGCUGUUAUCGGAGAAAAAGCUGUAUUCCAAAUUCGAGUUUCAGGGACCGUUGAAGUUGACUGGUUCAAAGACGACAAAUUAAUUCAAGAUUCUGGUCGGUUUGCGCUAGUUGACGACGAGCAAAACGGGUUAUUUUCUCUUGAAAUUGAUGAUGUUCGACCAGAAGAUGUUGGAACGUACAAGUGCAUAGUAUUCAAUCAGUCAGGAGAAGCUUCUUCAAAGGCACGGCUACUAUUACAAGAAGAAUCGUUUCUUCCAACUCUUUCUGAGGAAGCUGAAUCAGCUCCAGCAGAAGUUCCAGAUGGAAAGCCUAGUACUGGACCUGAAAUAGUCGAGGCACUUGUACCAGUUGAAGUGAUGGAGGAAGAAGACGUUAUCUUAAGCUGCAAGUUCUCUGGAGAACCUACACCAACUGUGGAAUGGCGAAAGAACGGAAUUCGUGUGAGAGAAAGCUACAGGGUGAAGGGCAAAUUAGACAAUGACAUCGCAACUUUAAAUCUGAAGCAAAUACGCGCAGAUGAAGCUGGCGAAUACGAGUGUAUUAUCACAAAUGAGCAUGGUUCGAUUUCCACAACAUGCAAGUUGACUGUUCUUGUCCCUAAAAAACCGACAUUCAAUAAAAAGCUUAUUCCACUAGAUGUUGAGGAAGGUGAGUCUGUAAGAUUUAAUGUCGAAGUUGAAGGAUUUCCAAAGCCAGUGAUAGAAUGGUACAGUGGAAUUUCCAAAAUCACAAACGAAGGAAAAUUCGAGAUAAAGGAGGAUGGUAAUCGAUAUUCACUUUUGAUCAGUAUCGUUGAGCGCCACGAUGCUGGGUCAUACAAGUGCGUGGCUUCAAAUGACGCUGGAAAAAGCACGUCUCGUGCUGAGUUGACUGUUAAGGAGAGAGAAUUUGCUCCAGAAUUUGUAGGAGUCGAUGAAAAGCCGAUAAUAGUAGAUGUUAACGAAGAAGUUAAAAUCAAUGUCACAGUGAAAGGAAAGCCAAAACCCGAUGUCAGCUGGUACAAGGAUGGCAAACCCGUGGGGAUUGCUCUGAAUACCGAGGUUAGAUCACGUGGUGAAAAUCACUCAUUCACGAUUGUCCUGGCUAAACCAGAAGACAGUGGAAUAUACAAAUGUGAAGCUAAAAAUAAACACGGAUCUGCUUCAAAAUCCUUUGCAGUAACAGUCGGAGAACAAAAGGUUCCAGGAAAAGCACCAGAAAUCACAUCGGGACUUACACAUUUGGAAGUCACUGAAGGCCAAGAGGCUAAACUAACCUGCUCUUUCACCGCAACACCUCAGCCAACGUGUGAAUGGCUUAAAGAUGGCGUUGAUAUUACAGAGGAUCAUCGCGUUAAACUGGAGCAAAGUGAAACCUCUGCUACACUUACAAUAAAAGACACCACUGUCAAAGACGAAGGGUUCUAUAGGUGUACUGUCCGAAAUGAGAUCGGCUCUGCAUCAACGACAUCGGAACUUGUAGUCAACGAGAAAGAACUUGGUGAUGGACCACGUAUCAUUGAAAAACUCAACAACAUUAAGGUGAAGAACGGUCAAGAAGCUGUUUUUAGAAUACGUGUUUCGUUGCCAGCUGAAGUUGACUGGUACAAAGGCGACCAAGUACUGGAGGAUUCCGGUAGAUUCAUUAUUGUUGAUGAUGAGGACGGUGAUGGUUUGUUCCAGCUGGUUAUCGAAAAUGUUGAGCCGGAUGAUGCUGGGCGAUACAAAUGUGUAGCAUUCAAUGAAGACGGUGAAGUGUCAUGCAAAGCAAACCUCGAAAUUCAGGAGGACGAAAUUAUUGCGCCUGUAACUUUCGAUGAAACUGAAGCUGCACCAUUGAUGGAGGAUAUAGAACCUGCUGGAAAAGCACCUGAAGUAACCGAGCCUAUGAAGUCUGUUCAAGUGUCUGAGGGAGAUAAUGUCGUUCUUAAGUGUAAAGUCACUGGAAAACCAACUCCAUUCAUCGAAUGGCUCAAAGAUGAUGUCCCAAUACUGGAAACAUACCGCGUAAAGGCAGAUUACACAAAUCACGAAGCCACUUUAACAAUUAAACAAGUUCGUGGUGACGAGGCCGGACAUUACAAAUGUGCUAUUCGUAACGACUUUGGUGAAACGUCAACGUCGGCUAAACUCAAAGUGAAGGUGCGUGCAAUGCCAAAUUUUAUUAGUGAACUUGAACCAGUAGAAGUCGAUGAAGGAGAAAAAGCCUGCUUUGAAGCACGUAUUGAAGGCUAUCCACGUCCAGAUGUUGAAUGGUUUAAAGGUACAACGAGAAUUGAUGAAGAUGAUAAUCAUGAAAUAAUAGAGGACGAGGAAAAUGAAACAUACACCUUGGUCAUUUGUAAUGCUACAAUGGCUGAUCACGGCAACUAUAAGUGCGUCGCGAGCAACAAUGAAGGCCGAGAUAGUUCUCGAGCAGAACUUAUUGUCAAAGAAGAUCAAUAUGCGCCAAGAUUCGAGGGAGAUAAUGAGCCGAUUGUUAUCAACGAAAACUGUGAAGCCUCAAUUUCUACUGUCAUCAAGGCGAAACCCAAACCUGAAGUGACAUGGUACAAAAAUGGAGUACCUUUACGUGAUAGUAUUACAUUAGACAUUAGAUCGCUACGAGAUGUUUACUAUUGUGUGAUUUUACGAGCGAAACCCGACGACGCUGGACUUUACAAGUGCGAAGCUACAAAUGUAGUCGGUUCUGCGUCAAAGUCUUUUGAGGUGAAAGUCAAAGUUGCGGAUGCUAAAGGCGAGGAACCAUCUAUCACAAGCAUGCUUAAACCAGUAGAAGUAUCUGAAGGACAACCCGCCAAACUCACUUGCAAAGUGACAGGCAAACCAGAGCCAACUUGUAGGUGGACGAAAAGCGGCAUUACGGUUAGAACCGAUAGUCGCGUUAAGACCGAAUUCGACGGAGAAAUAUGCUCUCUAAACUUUAAAAAGACAACUGUCGAAGACGAAGGCUUUUACAAGGUAGUUGUAAGCAAUGACUUCGGCUCAGCAUCAUCCACUUGCCAACUCCUUGUCAACGAAGUUGGGUUCCGUCCAGUAUUUGAACAGAAACUGAAGAGUGUCAAUGUAGUAGAAGGCGAAGACGCUACAUUCCAAGUCAAGGUUACUGGUCAGCCUACCCCUGACGUUCAGUGGCUGAAAGAUACUGAUGAAAUCGAGAGUAAUGAAAGAUAUGAAAUCAGGGAAGAUGACGGUGUUCACACACUUCUCAUCAAAAACUGUAGGCUAAAUGAUAUAGGCAAGUACCAGUGUAUUGUCUCUAAUUCUAUGGGCGAGAUAACUUCAAAAGCUAGACUAGAUGUAGAAGAACAUAUUGUCAGACCAGAAAUAGUAGGACCAGUGCUAGGACCACAAGAGAAAGAGGAAGGUGAAUCUAUAGAAUUAAGUGUGGAAGUUAACGGGGUUCCUCAACCUGAGGUUGAGUGGUAUCACUACAACAAGAACUUGAUAAACACCAAAAGGAUAGACAUCCAAGUAAAAGAGAAUAGACAUACAUUAGUUAUCGUCGACCUAAUAAGAGAUGACAGUGGAAUGUACCGAUGUGUUGCUAAAAACAAAGCUGGGCAAGCCAGUCGAUCGUUUGAUUUACAAGUUCAAAGGAAAAAAGUGAAAGGGGAUGCCCCAGAAAUCAUUGACCACUUAAAGUCAGUUGACGUAUAUGAAGGGCAAGGAGCCAAAUUCACCUGUACCGUGAGUGGGAAACCUGAACCAGUAAUUGAGUGGUACAAGGACGGCCUUUCUGUCAAAGACAGCAGGCGAGUUAUUUCAGAGUUUGAUGGCAACACCGCCUCUUUAACUCUACGUGAAACGCGUUAUGAAGACUCGGGAUACUACAAGUGCGUAGUGCGCAAUGACCUCGGCUCAGCACAAUCCUCUUCUACUCUAACUAUAAUAAUGCCAACAAGACCGGAAUUUAUUGAAAAACUUAAAACCUUAGAAGUUAAUGAGGAAGAAGAAGCGAGGUUCGAAGUACAAGUGAAGUCCUAUCCAAAACCAGAAAUAGAAUGGUAUCAAGGCUCUACAAGGGUUCUUGAAAGUGAUCGAUAUGAAAUAAUCGAUGCUGAGGACGACAACGACACCUAUUCACUUGUUAUCAAUAAAUGCAAACUUGAAGAUUCCUCCAUGUACAAAUGUGUAGCUAUAAAUUCUGCAGGGAAAACUACUUGUAGAGGAGAAUUGAUUGUGAAAGAAAAAGUGUCCAUUCCAUCUUUCAAGGAUGGUGAAGAAACUAGCACUGUUAUUGUAAAUGAAGGCGAGGAAUUCAAGCUAGCUGUAAGUCCUACCGGAAAUCCCAAACCUGAUAUUAACUGGUAUAAAGAUGACGUCAUGGUUGUUGGAAGCUCUAGACGAGACAUUCGAAGUCGUUUUGACGAAAAUGUGCUAACCGUGUUUAGUGCAAAACGUGAAGAUUCUGGUAGCUACAGGUGUGAAGCCUCUAACAGGGUUGGGAAGAACAUGAAAACUUUUAUCGUGAAAGUCAGAGCCACAGAGCCAGAAGGAGAGGCACCAAGAUUUACAUCAAAGAUGAAGCCGCUUGAAGUGACAGAAGGCGAAGAAGCUAAGUUUGUUUGUUUAAUUUCUGGUCAUCCUAAACCUACCAUUACAUGGAGUAAAGAUGGAGUUCCCAUUGGUGAGGAAAGACGAUAUCUAAAGGACUCCUCUCUCGUUCAGUGUUCUUUGACAAUUCUCGGUACUAAAUUAGAAGACAAUGGAGUGUAUAAAUGUGUUCUUCGUAACGACUUUGGUACCACCUCAACCACUGCUGACCUAACCGUCACACAGAGAGGAACAAGACCAAAGUUUGAACAAAAAUUAACCAAUGUUGAAGGGCUCAUCGGUCAAGAUGUCCAGUUCCAAGCUCGUGUACAUGGUUCUCCAGCUCCUGAGUUACAUUUCUUCCAUGAAAACAUAGAGAUGGAAGAAGAUGAUAGAUUUUCCAUCGUUGAAAAGGAGAACGGUUUGUAUACCUUUAUCAUCAGGAAUACAAAGGAAAGUGAUGCUGGACAGUACAAAUGCACAGCUACAAAUAGUGUCGGUGAGGUGUCAUCCAGAGCUUAUUUGAACCUUGAAGAAGAUGUCAUCGCUCCCGAAUUCGUUAGUGACAUACCAUCUCCCAUCAACCUGACUGAAGGUGAUAGCUACGAUUUAAGUGUUGAGGUCACCGGUAAACCAAAACCCGAACUUGAGUGGUACAAAAAUGAGCGCUUGUUAUGGUCAACCUCGAAGGUACAAUUUUCUUCUGAAGAAAAUACGUUUACAAUGGCACUACGUGAUGCUGGUACAAAUGAUAGUGGACUUUAUAAAUGCGUGGCUCGUAACAAAGGUGGCGUUUCCCAGAAAACAUUCAACAUAAAUGUAGAAGCUAAAAAGCCAGAAGGUGAUGCUCCUGAGAUAGUAGAAAACUUGGUAUCAAUAGAAGUGGACGAAGGUGAGCCGGCUGUAUUGAAAUGCAUUGUCACUGGUCGUCCAACACCAAAGUUGGAAUGGUUCAAAGACGGCUUGGCCGUGAAAGAAUCAAGACGGCUUCAGUCUGAAAUUGUUAAUGGUGUAGUUACUUUGACCUUUAAAGAAACUAUGGACACAGAUGCUGGAAAUUAUAAAUGUGUCAUCCGCAAUGAACUAGGAAAAAUCACAACAUCUGCAAGAGUAGACAUCAGAACCGCCACGAGACCCGAGUUCAAGACUAAACUUCGACCACAAGAAGUUACACAAGGGGAAAACGUUCGGUUGGAUGUGCGCGUUUCUGGAAACCCAGCUCCAACAGUAGAAUGGUAUCGUGGAACCGAAAAGAUUGUUGACGAUGGCCGUUUCGAAAUGACCGUUGAUGAAGAAAGAGGCGCAUACAGUUUACGUAUAUCUGAUGUGACGAUGGACGAUGCUGGUACAUAUAAAUGUGUUGCUUUGAAUCGUGCAGGCAAGGCCACUUCCCGAGGUGAACUCGACGUCAAAGAAAAGCAAUUCGCUCCAAGAUUCGAAGAACCAGAACAAGUUGAACCAAUUGUCUUAUCUCAGGAAGCGGAUGCAACUAUCAAGUUAACAGUCCUUGGCAAUCCUCAGCCUUCUGUAACGUGGUACAAAGAUGGGAUACCGACCUAUGGAAACCUGCGACUUGACGUCAGAUCACGCGGCAACUGUCAUUACAUCAAAUUCACGGGUGUGAAACCUGACGAAGCUGGUACGUACAAGUGUGUAGCAAAAAAUAGAUUGGGCACGGCAUCAAGGGAGUUUGUCGUUAAAGUUGAAGGUGGUAAACUGAAGGGUGAGCCUCCGGAGUUCUACAAACGAUUACAACCAGUUGACUGCUUUGAAGGGGAUACUAUCAGGCUUUUUUGUCAGACCACAGGGAAACCUCAGCCAACAGUAGAAUGGUUCAAAGACGACCGACCAAUAUUUGUUAACUGGCGUAUGAUGACCGAGUACGAGAAAGAUGUCUGUACUCUCAGGAUUAAAGAUGCUAAACGCGAUGAUGAAGGUGUCUACAAAUGCGUUAUCGAAAAUACUCAUGGAUCUGUUUCAACAUCUGCAGAAGUAACAGUGAGUGAUAGAGAAAGGCGUCCCCAGUUCGUCGAGAAACUUCAGCACAUUGAUAGUGUCAUUGGUGAAACUGCAACCUUCCGGGCUAAAGUGUCUGGUUCUCCAUUGCCACAAAUUGAAUGGUUCAAGAAUGACGAAAAAAUUGAAUUGCACCCAAGAAUGACUCCCGAAAGAGAGCGAAAUGGUUAUUUCUCCCUAGUUAUUGAGAAUAUCGAACCCGAAGAUGAAGGUCUGUAUAAGUGCGUCGCUUCCAACGAGUUAGGUGAGGUAAUAUCCAAAGCCGAGCUACGUCUUGCAGACGUUAUGAUCGAGCCUUCGUUCAUUGGUGAAAUGGACGAUUCUAUCACAGUAUUCGAAGGCAAUGAUCUUGAUUUGACAUUUUACUUGCGUGGAAGACCAAUGCCGAACGUGACAUUCUACAAAGAUGAAUUUCAAGUUGUUGAGUCGGACAGGGUUGAGCUAUCUUCCCGUGGCAACAGGUUUAGUCUUACAAUUACCGGCGUAGUAAAACGCGAUGCUGCAAACUACAAAGUGGUUGCUAAAAACAAAGCAGGAACUGCUACAAAGUCGGUAGAGGUGCUCUUUACACCUAAGAGAACAUGGACACCAGGACAGACAGCUCCAGAAAUUGUAGCUCCCUUGAAACCAGUCACUGCAAGUGAAGGAAGUCCCAUCAAAAUGAGAUGCCGUAUAUCUGGCGAGCCUACCCCUACAGUUGAAUGGUUUAAAAACAGCAUUCCCGUCGUUACAGAAGGACGUGUAACAACAGGCUCAACCGGAGAUAUGAAGUACAUUAACUUCACAGAGGUUACAAAUGGUGAUGAAGGGAGAUACAGAUGUGUUGCUACAAACGAGGCGGGAUCUGUGUAUACGACAGCUGAUCUCACAAUUGAGUCAUCCGUUAGUCCACCUUCAUUCAAACAGAGAUUGAUGAAUGUCGAAGUUAGUGAUGGGGAAGAAGCUAUGUUUUCUGUGCAAUUGAAAGGCCCUGUUGAUAGCGUGAAAUGGUAUCACAAUGAUAUACUAAUUGAAGAUGGAGAGAAAUAUGCAAUCUCGCGAGGAGAUGCAGAAAACGAGUACGUAUUAAUCAUUCCGAUAACUGAACACGAUGACGAAGGGACAUAUCAGUGUGUUGCAAGAAACGAAUCUGGUAAAGCCACCACACGAGCUGAACUUGAUGUCCUUGAAACUGUCAUUGGACCUUCCUUUGUUGGCACUGAUGAGCCUUUGAUGGUUUACAAAGAGGGUGAUGAUAUCACCUUUGAUGUGGAAGUCAGGGGUAGACCUACGCCCGAAAUCACGUGGUACAAAGAUGAGAUACUUGUCAUGAAAACCAGCAAGGUAUCGAUGAGUUCGUGGAACAACAAGCACUCACUUCGACUUUACGGCGUCAACCCCAAGGAUUCUGGUUUUUAUAAGUGUGUUGCACGAAAUAAAGCUGGUUCAUCCUAUAGGCUGUUUAGUAUUGACGUCACAGCGAAAAAGCCACGCGGUAUUGUUCCAGAGUUUUUCCGACAAUUGAAAAACGUCGAGGUCGUCCAUGGGUCCACUGCCAAGUUGGAGGGAAAAGUGAGUGGUCAUCCUGAACCUACGAUCGAAUGGCUAAAGGACGGGGAAAAGUUGUCUUUAUCGUCAAAAAUUAGAUCGUUCUACGAUGGAGAGUUGUGCAAGCUAACCAUAUUUGAAACAAAAGACGAUGAUAAAGGAGAAUACACUUGUGUAGCAACCAAUGAGGUGGGCAGUGAUUCAUCAAAGGCAAAGCUAAAUGUCGCUGAACCACUUGUCACACCAGAAUUUAAACAGAGGUUGCAAAACACAACAGCGGUGGAAGGAAAGACAGCUGAAUUCUUUGUCCGAGUUACUGGUAACCCUGAGCCAACAGUAGAGUGGACGAAAGGUGGAAAGAAAAUUAAGACAGACGGACGAUUUCAAUCGAGAGCAGAAGACAAGAACACGGUCAGACUCGUUAUAAACGACGUCGCUCUAGAGGACGCUGGUACAUACAAAUGUAUUGCAACAAAUGAAGAAGGACGAGUACAGUGUAGUGCAAGGCUUGCUGUAACCGAAAAGAUGGUUCCACCAAAAGUGAAUGCCAUAACCACUGAGAGUGCCUUGUUGCUAAACGAGGGUGAAAAUCUAGAACUAAGUACAACCGUCGAAGGUAACCCGAUACCUGAUGUGGAAUGGCACAAAGAUGGAACUGUCAUCAGAAGAACGGCGCGUAUCAACCUGAUGCCAAUUGGUAAUCAAUACAAUCUGUCAAUCAACAGUCUUACAGCUGAAGACACUGGCGUCUAUAAGUGUGUUGCCAAGAGUCCUGCUGGAUCAUUCUCAAAAUCAUUCACUGUAGUUGUUGAAACAAAAACGCCUGCACCGCUCUUUAUCGAGCCUCUUCAAGAUCGGGAUAUCGUGGAAGGCAAGGAAGCACGAAUGAUGUGCCGCGUUAGAGCAACACCAAGACCUAUGAUAGAAUGGCUUAAGGAUGGAAGAAAUUUCAAAGAAGAUUACAACACGUAUACAGAAUUCGAUGGUAGUUAUUGUACACUUGUCAUCAAAAAAGUUCGAAUGGAUCAAGAUGGUAUCUACGAAUGCCUGGCCAAAAAUAAAGAAGGAAGAGCAAAGUCCGCAGCUAAACUGACUGUGAAAGAAGACAUCAGAGCACCAGUCUUCGAUCAAUCCAUGCAAGACGCGUUGGUCACAGAAGGAGACAAGGUUACAUUUAAAGUCCAAGUAUCAGGGAAACCCGAACCAACAGUAGAGUUUUACAAAAAUGACGAACAGCUUGUUCACGGUGGAAGAAUUCGUAUUGAAGAAGAUUUCGAUACCAAGGUUCAUAAAAUAAUCAUUCGUGAUUGUAAGCCAAGUGAUUCAGGACAGUAUAUGUGUAUUGCUAAAAACAAAGCUGGCGACACCACUUGUUAUACCUCAUUAAACGUCCGAGACAAGAUCAUUGCGCCCACAUUUACGGGUGGAUCUGGGGAUGUUCCAAUGGAUGUGUGGGAAGGUGUUCCCAUCCAGCUGGUUGUUGAGGUAAAAGGAAAGCCACCACCAACAAUAGAAUGGUUCAAAGAAAAUCGACAAGCCAAGAGAAUUAAAAGAGUGGAACUCCUUAAUGAGGGCAAUAAGUACAUGCUCGUUAUUCCAAAAGCAUUGCCUGAAGACUCUGGGGAAUAUCAUUGUGAAGCGUCAAGUUCCUCAGGAGUAACAAGGAAAACCUUUAAAGUAUCUGUAAAUGCUCAAGCCGUUGUUAUGCGUCGGCAACCUGUUCCUGCUGGAGCUGUCAAGCCAGAGUUUAUACAACGCCUCCAAGACCAGGAAAUUGUCGAGGGAAGUGCUGCACGCUUAAUCGUUCAAGUAAGAGGAACUCCAGAGCCUGACGUUGAUUGGUACAAGGAUAACCGUGUCAUUCGCGAGGGAGGUCGUAUUGAAUUCCAUUUUGGAGAUGAUGGAUCGUGUAUACUAAUAAUUCAAGAAGCCAUGAAGUCUGAUCGUGGAAGAUACAAGUGUGUUGCGAGCAAUGCAGCAGGAAAAGCACAAUGCAGUGCUGAACUGUUUAUUGAAAUUCAUGGCUUCGAAUCUGGAGUAAGUGAUACAGACAUGGAUUUUGCAACAAUGAGAGACAACAGAGAGUCGACCAUUGACCUCAUAUCCGACGAUACAUCAGACGAAGCACGUGCUGAAGGCAUCCCAUAUGUGCAGAAAGUCCCUCCUGAAAUCACUCUUGUACUGAGAAACAGGGAUGUUAGUGAAGGAGGAGUGACAAAGUUUGCUUGUCGAAUUAUCAGUAAGACGCAUCUAAGUGUUGAGUGGUUCAAGGAUGAUAUAGUCAUCACCAAAGACUGGGAUCGCUUUUACUUUGAACACGAUGAAGAUCUUUAUGCUUUAAGUAUUUCCCAAGUGAAGGUGGUUGAUAGUGGACCCUACAAAAUUGUAGCAACAAACGAGUUUGGCUCAGUCGAGAGUAUCGCAUACCUCAAUGUUGUCGCUAAAAUGGAGCCAGAAUUCGAAGGUCUUUCGCCACGGUUUACACUGAAACCAAAAGAUGUCGACGCUGUCGAAAGAACGUCUGUGAGACUAGAAUGCCGAGUAACAGGAGCUCCAACCCCUGAAGUGCGCUGGUACAGAGACAACGAACCACUUAUUGAAGGAGACAAAUAUCAGUUUGAUGUUGAAGAUGGCCUGUAUUCUUUACUUAUUAACGAUGUAACAGAAGACGACAGUGGACAUUAUAAAGUGAUUGCCAGGAACUCCGCUGGAAGAGAACAUGCCACAGCUGACGUCACAGUAAAACAUCCUGUUACAGAAGGAGAAGAAAGUGAAACAGAUGAAAUUGACGCGUCCAAAAUUGCAAAGAAAACCAAACAACAGAAGCCUGAAAUACCAAGACCUGAAGUUCUUCUCAAUCUUAGAGACAGAACUGUUGUGGAAGGCAUGUCUGUUCGAUUUAGUUGUAGAACUACAAGCAAUCCCAAGCCCUAUAUCUUAUGGUACAAGGAUGGGCACGUCAUAGGUAGCUACGGACGUUUCGAAAUAACUAGUGCAGGUGCAACACAAACCCUUGUUAUACGAGACUGCCAAGUGUCAGAUGCUGGAAAGUAUAAAUGUAUGGUGUCGAAUAUAGGUGGUGAAACUGAAACAACGGCGAACUUAACAGUUGAAGAAAUUCCCAAACCAAAGAGAUCGAUGGCUGUCAUGGCACCACGAUUUGAAGUCGAACUCAGAGGAACAGUCACUGUUGUUGGUAGCACUGCUAGACUGAACGCCAAGGUUAUUGGACAUCCAAAACCUAUCAUCGAAUGGUACAAGGACGAUAAAGAGUUUCUGCAUGCUGGUAGAAUGAGAUUCGAGGAAUCACCAGAUGGAGAGAUCGCACUGGUAGUCCGAGAUGUGAGGCUGACCGAUCAAGGAAGGUAUAAGUGUGUGGCGUCCAAUAGACAGGGAAAAGAUUUCUCUUCAUCUAGUCUUCUUGUCACUGAAUUGAUACCAUCUGGAGACGAAUCUGAUGAAGGAGAACCUCGCAAAGAGGCUGUAAUGGCAGCUCCGAAGUUACCCAAAGAAGAAUUAUCCUUUGAUAUACCUCAGUCGACGCCACUCCGACCGCGUGGCGAACCUCCUGAGUUUAUAAGAAAACUUAGAAACCUUAAAGUGCAAGAAGAUGAAACCGCAAAGUUCGUAUGUCUUCUUCUUGGCAAUCCCGAACCGACGUACCAAUGGUUCAAAAACGAUCAAGUGCUUGAUGAAAGUGAGAAGUAUAAACUGAUCCGUGUUGAAGACGAUAAAUUGAUUCUAGAGGUUUUACAUUGUACUGCUGAUGAUGAAGGAAUGUACAAGUGCGAAGCUGUGAAUAAUUGUGGAAAGGACAUGACGACUGCACGAUUAACUGUUGAAGUGACAUCUAAACCAAUAAUCCCAGAACCUGAGAUAGUUGUUCAAUCUCAGCCUGAAGUAGAGUCAAUCCCACCGGUUACGGAGGAAGUAACAGAACCCGAGACGGUUGCAGAGAUUGCACAAGAACCCGAGACACAACCAGAGCCGAGUUCUAAAGAUGCUAAACCUUUCUUUGUGAAAGAAGCAGAGAACUGCACUGUGAAGGAAGGGGGUCGUGCUCGAUUUGAUGUCAAGGUCAGCGGGUAUCCCGAACCGUUCAUUGAUUGGUUUACGGGUGGUAAAAUGAUUGAAGAAAAUGAAGUGUUUAGAAUCGAAGAAAGCGAAGAAGGCGAUUGUGCUCUUGUCAUUAGUGAUGUUGAUCGUGAAGAUGCUGGUAUUUAUAAAUGUGUUGCUGAGAAUGACGAAGGAACAGUCGUCUGCGAAGCUGAGCUGAUAGUGGAGGUCCCAGAUGAAGAAUCAGAAACAGAAUCCAUUGAAGACACAUCGUCGAAAAAAGAAUCUUCAGAAACUUUACAACUAAGGCCUAAAGAACCAGAAGCUCCUAAACCUGCAGAAAAAUCUACUCCUCAAGCCUCAAAGACUGUACCUAAAGAAUCUCUUCCUAAACCAACCUUCCUGUCUGAGCUGGUCGACAAGCAAGUCAAAGAAAACGAAAACCUUAGCCUUGAUGUGAAAAUACCACCUGAGUGCAAGGCUGAAGUUUCGUGGUUCAGAGAUGAUAAAAAGCUAAAGGAAGAUCAUCGUAUAACGAUCAUAUCUGCUGGUAAUCUGCAUUGCUUGACCAUCUUUGGUGUGACUAUCAAGGAUGAAGCCGUUUAUAAGGUGGUUGCCAGUAAUUCAUCAGGGACAACUUCUUCUGAUUGCGAAGUUCUCAUAGAAGAGCGUGUGAAAGUUCCACAAUUUGAUUCAAGACGAUUAUCGCACGUUGCUCCAGAGUUUGUCACCCAGUGUGAGUCCCAAGUUGUCCAAGAAGGUGGCACAGCUAUCUUUAAAAUCAAAGCCGUUGGCAGUCAGCCUUUGUCCAUUAGAUGGUUUAAAGACCAACAAACUAUCAAAUACGGCAACAGAAUUAAGAUGUCGUCCGAUGGGGAACAAUGUACAUUAAAAAUAACACCAGUGGAGAAAAGAGAUGAAGGUCUUUACAUGUGUGUAAUAUCCAACAAAGCAGGGACCACAGACUGCGAAGUGCUCCUAACCGUAGAACCAAUGGAUUCCGCUGAUGGAGCAGGUGCAUCUGACACUGAGGCUCCAAAAUCCAAAUCAAGCAGAUUAAAGCKUCUGGCUGGAGAUAAACCCACCAUUGUGACGCCUUUGCGAGACUUGGACGUCUUUGAAGGGGAUGAUGUAUUAUUAGAAGUGAAAUCAGGACCAGAAAACGUAAAGAAGGUUGAAUGGUUUAAAGACAAUGAACUAAUUCGAUCACAACCACGAUAUCUUCCUACCUCAGAUGGAAGCAGCUAUACGCUUAAGAUCUCAAAUUUUGUCAUUGAAGAUGAAGGAAUUUUCAAAUGUGUAUUGUUAAAUGACAACGGAAUCGCAUCGUGUUCUGCAGAAAUACUAGUUGAUUUGGAAACAGAUACUGCUUCGGAAAUAUCCUCAGCCGACGAAAGUGAGUUUCCAAAUGCAAGAAGGCGGUCACGAGACAGUACCUGUGCGCCUGAAUUCCAACAAGAACUCAAAGAACGCGAAGUACUAGUUGGUGACACUAUUCACUUCGACGUGAAAAUAGCUGGAAAACCGGAACCAAAAAUAACGUGGUCUAAAGAUGGCAAAGAUCUUGAAGAAAGUUCUCGAAUUACCUUUGUUGGUGAUCCUGAUACUGGAUUGUAUUCUUUAUUGAUCAAAAAAGCUUGUCUAGAUGAUGAAGGCGAUUACAGAAUUGUUGCUUCUAAUGCUGGUGGCUCGAUUUCAUGUCAAGCUGAACUGUUAGUAGAAGAUCUGGAAUCAGAAGAAGAUGUGCCAAAGCAAGAAGUAAAGACACUACCAAAACCUCAACUUAAGGACGAGGCUCCGGUCUUCACUGCUUUAUUAAAAGAUCGCUCCAUUGAAAACGGUAACGCGGCCCGUUUUGACGCACGUGUUAUUGGUAACCCAACUCCCACAGUAACAUGGCAUAAAGACGACCAAGAAAUAACCCCAACCAAUUUCCCACAUAUGAAAGUCUUGCAAGAAGGAGAUCUCCACUCAUUGUUGAUAACAGAAGGACAGUUCAAAGAUUCCGGAAUUUACAAAUGUGUAGCGAAAAACUCAGCCGGUCAAGAUUCAACAACUGGGAAUCUAUUUGUAGAAGAACCUGGGUCCAAGCCAAGCGCUGGAACAUCGAAACCUGCAAGAAAAAGUUCUGGUCUCGCAAGAAUAGAAGAUGUUUUUAAGCUCCAGCUGUAUAUAGCGACAGAUGAUUUCAAAUCGGAAGAGACUGGAAAGAAGUUUUUGGAAAAAGGAGAUAAAGUAGAAGUCCUGGACACUAGUCGCCCUGAAUUCUGGUUGGUCAGACGAGUUUCAAGAGGUGCCGAAAUAGGUUUCGUGAAAGCUUCUGUAUUGGAAAAGGACAGCUCUGCACCUGAUGACCAAGAACCACUGGGACAAUCGGAUCAAGAACAGCGGUUUAUAUGUGUUACAAACUACACUCCCGAAUCUCCUGGUGACGUUUCGUUACAAGAGGGUGAUGCUGUGAAAGUAUUAGAUAAUCAUGACUCGAACAAGUGGCUUGUGUCUUUAGAGAGUACGGGGGAAGUAGGAUGGGCACCUGGCGUCUUCUUUGAAUCCUCGCAGCUUCAGAUUCCGACUUCUGGAAAAGAUGAAGCACUUGCUCGAAGAAUAUCCAUCGUUAACGAGUUAAUUGAAACUGAGAGACAGUAUGUGAAUGAUCUCAGAUUUGUAGCUGAGAACCACUUGGCGGAACUAGAGGCUGAUGACGUUCCAGAAAAACUUGCCAAUAAGAAGGAAGCAUUCUUUUCAAACCUUAAAGAAAUCUACGACUUCCAUUCAAAUGAAUUCUUACCAGAACUUGAAGCCUGUGUAAAUAAACCUGACGAAGUCUCUAGAGUGUUUGAAAAAUACCAAUCAAAGUUGACUAUGUACAUAGAUUUCUUACAAUCUCGACCUGGAGCCAGCGAGAUUCUAGAGGAUGAAGAAGUCGCAGAGUUUUGGCAGGAAUUCAAAGAAGACAUCGAGGACAAAUAUUUCAUAUCUGAUUAUUUCUUAAAACCGGCUCAAAGACUGACUGACUACCAGCGUCUCCUAAGGUUGCUUCUAAUGUACACCGUCAGAGCAAAACUCGAUCACAAAGUGUUUGAAUCAACUCUUAAGAUGGUAUCUAACAUCCCAUGUGAAGCAAAUGAGAGAAUGCACAAGUUCCACACCAUAGAACAUUAUAAUGGAGAAAUUCCACUAAAAGAUCUCGGUAAACUGAUCAGACAGGAAACUGUACAUUUCUGGGAGGAGCGCGCGCGUGGAAAAGGCAAAGAGAGAUCCCUGUUUCUCUUUGAGAAAGCAUUAGUUAACACCAAGAAAAAAGAUGAAGGAAAGAAAUACCAAUGCAAGAAUGUACUUAAGCUUUCGACUGCCAACGUCGGCUUGAAGGAAGACGUUGAGGGUGAACCCAAUCAUUUCAUGGUGUGGGUUGGAAGCUCCAUGGCUAACGCUCUUGUCUUACAUACAUUUAAGACUAAAUCUGAAUGGUCAAAACAGGCCUGGAUCAGAGAUCUCAAAAGACUGUUGAAGCUUGAAGAUGAAACGAUCAUUAAAACAACAAAGAGAAAACCACUUGAAUUAAAACGCAAUCAACAACCUGAACCUCUAGUGAUGGCUUUCAAAGAGACUGUAACCAGUUCGUCUGCGCUUGACAUUGUUGCAGAGGUUGAGAAGCAGUAUGUUGCUAUCACGCCUCCUGACUCGCCUGUGCCUCCUGCAGCAAUGAACGUUGAACUUGGAGGAACCUAUCACAUUAAUGAGGACACCAUUGAACGAGAAACCAAUGAGGUUGUCAUUGGACGUGGAGAACCUGUUCGUGUUCUUCGUUCAGGAAAAGAUCUCUUCUUCGUCCAGACAGUAGGCGAUGACAAGAAUGUCAAAGAGGGUUGGGUACCAGCUUCAUGGCUUGUUGGUGAUGACGAGAACCAACAGCUAACUCUGCGUCGCUCCACGGAUAACCUAUCAGAAGCAUCCGAACCUGAGCUGAAGAAACUCGCUGAAACCGAAGAAUUUGAACCUAAGUUUCUUCAAGAACUUCAAGAUAUCCAUGUUAAUGUGGAAAGCCCGGUGAGACUAGAAUGUCGCAUCUCUGCACAACCACCGCCUUGUGUAGAAUGGUUUGUCGAUGGAGACAAAAUCAUCGAAGGAAACAGAUUCAAGUUUGUAUUUGAAGAGCCUGAUGUGUACGCACUGUGCAUCAGCAAGUGUGUUAUAGAAGAUGAGGGAGAAUAUACUUGCAAAGCAUCAAAUCCUAUUGGAUCACGUGACUCUGAGGCAGAGCUGACAGUAGACGCUCCUGCCAAGGUUGAGCAGAAAGCGGACUCAGUAACAGCAGACAUUGGUGGUAAGGCAGUUAUUGAGUGUUUAUUUUCGGGUAACCCGGUACCUACUGCUUCAUGGUAUCGAGGCAGUCUACUCGUACAGAACAACAGUCGUAUUCAAAUUGAGACACAGGAUGAUCGCUCUACGUUGACAAUCACAAAAGUUCACUUCCGAGACGAGGAUGACUACUCGUGUGUUGUAGCGAAUGAUGGUGGGCAGGACACAUGUUUGAUCAAACUCAUUAUCGAAGAUGAAGAUGACGAAGACGUCGAUCCAAAAACAUUUGAUCUUCCUAAAAAAGACAAAGUGUACCUCGCGACAGAUAAGAAGUUUGAACAGAAGUAUGACUCGUUACAAGAGUUAGGAAAGGGAAAAUUCGGUGUUGUUAAGAAAGUAAAGCACAAGGAAACUGGAGAAAUCCUCGCGGCAAAGUUCAUCAAGACGUCUGCCGAAUCUAAGAAAGAGGUUUUGGGUGAGCUCGAAAUGAUGAAUCAUCUACACAGCAAAAGGCUGAUUUACUUGGCUGAUGCUUACGAACGACCUGGUGAAAUGAUUGUCAUUAUGGAAUUAGUUUCGGGUGGAGAAUUGUUUGAGAAGAUCUGCCAAGACGACAAUCUAACAGAAAAAGAGGUUAUUCGCUACAUGCGUCAGAUUCUGCAAGGGGUUGAACACAUGCACAGGAAAAGUAUGGUCCAUCUAGAUUUAAAGCCUGAGAAUGUUUUGUGUGUUAUAAGACCCGACGGAAAAGAAGACUUGAAACUUAUUGAUUUUGGUAUGGCACACAUUAUCGAGAAGGGCAAAGAGCUGAAACUUGCUUGUGGGACACCAGAAUUUGUUGCACCAGAAGUUAUCACUUAUGAACCAAUUCAUAUCUCAAGUGACAUGUGGAGUGUUGGUGUCAUUGCCUAUGUACUGCUGAGUGGGUUAUCACCGUUCAUGGGCGACGAUGACAAUGAAACCAUCAUGAAUGUAUCAACAGCCGAAUGGGAUUUCGAAGACGAGGCCUUUGAUGUGGUAUCUGAUCAUUCAAAGAAGUUCAUCGAGGAACUUCUCCUCAGAGAUCACUCAAAACGUAAUGAUGUUUACCAGUGCCUAGACCAUGAAUGGCUGAAGAAAGGAAAAACGAUGGAGGCCAAGAAGCUGAGUACAGAUAAUUUGAAGAAGUUCCUUGCACGACGUCGUUGGCAGAAAACGUCCAACGCACUUCGAGCUUUGAGUCGCUUGGGAUCACUUGGGAUAGGCGGUGGAGGUGGUGCACCAGGAGGAGGUGGGCUUCUUGGAAAAGUCACAGGUAAACUACCAGGAGCACAAACAGAAGGGCUAAAGCCACGCCCUUCCACUCGUGUGUCAUUGACGGGGCGAAGAAGCCCGACGCUGACAGGGAGACGCGGACCAAAUCAUGGAGUUCCAACAGGUCCACCAUCAUUUGUACUUCCUCUCAAAAACUGUGAAAUCGUCGAAGGCAGUGCAGCCAGAUUUCAAUGCCAGGUAACUGGAAACCCGGAACCGGAUGUAGAAUGGUACAAAGAUGGGAAAAAGCUUUGUGAAAGUAAGCAGCUUACGUUCCUGUAUGAUGAAAACGACAACUGCAAGCUUAUUAUCACUGAAGGAAGGCGUAAAGAUGCUGGAGAGUACAAAGUGACAGCUGUCAAUCCCCAUGGUCAGGUGUCGUGUUCAGCUCAGCUCAUCAUCAAAGAUCAGCCUGACUCGGGAGAAUCAGGGAGUGAAGCAAGUGGAUCUGAUGUCUCAGAUGACAGUGAAGUAGAAGACGAGGAAAAUGGACAAGAAACGUCCAUCAAAAAGGAGAAGAUAACAAAUCUAUAUACAGUCAAAGAAGAGCUUGGCAAAGGCCGAUUUGGUGUGGUAUGCAAGUGCGUAAGAAAGAAAGAUGGAAAAGAGUUUGCUGCAAAAUUUAUAAAGUGUUCUAAAGAACAGGAAAAAGAAGAUGUGAAGCACGAAGUAGAGAUCAUGCAGUUGAUCCAACACAAAACGUUACUCAGGCUUGCAGAUGCAUUUGAAACAGGCUCUGAAUUUAUACUUGUAAUGGAACUUGUCACUGGCGGCGAACUGUUUGAAAAAGUUGUUGAAGAAGAGUUUAUUUCAGAGAACGAAGUUAUACAUUAUAUGAAACAAAUCAUGAAGGGUAUCCAACACAUGCACUCUAAAAAUGUCCUGCAUCUUGAUCUUAAGCCAGAAAAUAUUAUGAUAGUUCGUCCAAACAGCAAAAGAAUAAAGCUUAUUGACUUUGGCCUUGCAAGGAAGUACAAUCCUAAAGAGAACUUGAAAGUGAUGUUUGGAACACCAGAGUUUGUAGCUCCAGAGGUUCUUACCUACGAUCGAAUCACUCCAGCCACUGAUCUCUGGUCAGUUGGAGUCAUAGCAUAUGUGUUACUGAGUGGACUGUCGCCUUUCAUGGGUGAUAACGACGCUGAAACCUUGGCCAACGUUCAGACGGCUGAAUGGGACUUUGAUGACGAAGUUUUCGAUGACAUUUCCGACGAUGCAAAAGAGUUUAUAUCUAAGGUCCUCGUUUUGAAUUCUGGUAAGCGAAUAUCUGUAGAACAAUGUUUAGAACAUACCUGGCUAACUGUGGAACGAGAGCGUGGUAAAAUCAAUACAAAUAGGCUCAAGGCUUUCACGGCUCGACGAAAAUGGAAGAAAGCACUGACUGCUAUCCGAAGUACCAACUUCCUGAGCAGACUCCUCGGAAGCCGUGGUACGGAAGAAGGAAGCAAACAAAGUGGAGGUGGCGGAGGAGGUGGACUUUUAGCUCGUGUUAAGGCCAUGCAUGUAGCUGGUGUGCAAGCCCCAGAAAGUGCUCCAGCAUCAUCACCAUUUCUGUCUCCAGACUCAGCUGCAGAACAAAAGCCUGCUGAAAAGAAACCAUCCUCUUCUGAAAAGAAAGAAACUUCCACUGCUUCCUCUACCACCACCCCUGAUAAAACACCAAACGGAGUUCCUAAACCUGAACCUGAAUCUUCAAAAUCGCCUGCAUCAAAGUCAAAUGAUGUCACAUCAAACAGAAACAACCCAAGUGCAUUAAAAGACAAUUUAACGAAAUCUACAAAGGACGAUUCAAAAACAAUAGUUUCUAAUGACAUAUCUAAGAAAGAAGUCGAAUCUAAACCAACUGCCUCAAAAGAUUCAACUUCAAAGGUGUCAAAAGAAUCCACAACUCCUUCAACGAAAAUAUCCAACAACGAAAAAUCGACCUCAGAACCAUCGUCCACACGAUCCACCAGUCGUACUCCAAAAGGUCCCCAACCAAAAGGAAAACUACCUCAAUGGCCGCCACCACCCAAAGAACGACCUCAGAAACGAGAAAUAGUAGAGCUUAUUGAAAGGUACGCCAACGAAGAUAUGCCGCUGAUUCCAGGAAAUCCAGACAAUGACUACAGUAUCCAGGAAGAGAUAGGAAGAGGAAAGUUUGCUGUUGUCAAGAAAUGUCUUUACAGAGAAACCAAAGCGCCACACGCUGCUAAGCUUAUAAAGUUUGACGAUAACGAGGAGAAAGAAACCGCACAAGAAUUUGACAUCCACAGAAACCUCAGCCACCCCAAUAUCGUUAGUCUAUAUUCUGGCUAUAUUGUCCAGAAAUACAUCGUACUUAUACUAGAAUUACUCGAUAAAACAAAUGCGUUGACGUAUUUGGCAUCGAAACGCAAGGCUACUGAAGAGGAUGUUGCUAAUGUGAUCAAGAACGUCUUAAACGCUUUAGAUUACUUACAUAAUAAGAAUGUAAUUCAUCUGGACAUUAGGCCUGCGAACAUUAUGAUCAGCCAACAACAAGUCAAACUCAUCGACUUUGGAAGUGCUCGACGUUUACAUGACAAAAACGGAGAAGUUGGGGCAAUUGUGGGAAAUAUUGAAUUCACAGCUCCAGAAAUGCUGUCAUUUGAGCCCGUGAACGCGUCAGCGGACAUGUGGAGCUUGGGUGUAACUACAUAUCUUUUGGUGGGGGCAGAACUACCAUUUAUUGGAAAUGAUGACGAUGCUGUCUCAGAGGCAAUUAAGAAAGGAACGUUUGAAUUUGAAGAAGAUCUGUUUCCAUCAACUACUGACAACGCAAAGGAUUUUAUUGAAAGCUUGAUCUGCAAGUUUCCUAACAAAAGAAUGGAUACUGCUGCAGCUAAAGAGCACGUUUGGUUAUCGGAUUCUUUUGCAGCCAAGCGUAGUGAAGCACUUAUCGCUGAACCUGAUAUGCUUAAAGGGAUAAGUGAUGAUCUCAUUUCAGAGGAAGACGAAGAAUUAAUAUCUGCUUCGUGUGUUCUGAGAACGUUCCAAGAAGAAGCCUAUCAGUCUCCCGAUGAAUCGAGUGAGGACGAUGAAGAUGAUGAGUAAUUUACAGCAUCGUGCAGAGUAAUAAAAGAACACUCAAUAGGAAUAUUAUCAGAAUCAAAUACAUACAGGAAAUAUGAGCUUAUUUGAAUAGAUUAAUGUUCAUGAUAUUACUAAUUAGUGAACCGUACUUAGAGACUAUUGCAUUUCUGAAAUCAUUUUUUCUGUUAAAUUACUUGUAUAUUCUACAUUUAUAGUUUUGUCAUAGAAAAUAGAAAUUACCUGAAUAAUUGACAUAUUUCAAUUUUUAGCGAUUUUGUAAACAAUUAACGCUAAAAUUAAUAAAGAUUUAACUUGGUUUACUAAUCCAAAAGUCAAAA